AGCACUUCUGAGCAGUUGAAGCAUUCCCAGCCUUGCCUCGGGUGUAGGGAUUGCAAGGGAAAAAGCAAAACUACACGGAUACCAACCUGUGUAGUUUUGUUUUUUGGGGGGAUAUUUCCGAGGCUCAACCAUUCUCACACUGGAUUUUCUGAAAUCAUAUCUGGAUAAGGAGUUUGUUUCGGAAGAUAAUACCCCCUUGGGCUCCGUCCCCACAGUUCAGGGCACUCUUGUGGAUACAAGGUGCCUACCACCAUGACAACAAAGGCGCCAACGUUUACACAGCCGCUUCAGAGCGUUGUGGCACUUGAGGGUAGUGCUGCAACGUUCGAAGCUCAAGUUAGUGGUAAUCCAGUUCCUGAGGUGAGCUGGUUUCGUGAUGGCCAGGUUCUUACUGCUGCCGCUCUGCCCGGCGCUCAGAUCUCGUUCAGCGAAGGCCGCGCUGUUCUGAGGAUCCCCGCCGUGACAGCCGCACACAGCGGAAGAUUUUCUGUGAGAGCCACCAAUGGCGCUGGACAAGCCACUAGCACCGCUGAACUGCUGGUUACAGCGGAAACUGCGCCACCCAACUUCAUUCAGAGACUACAAAGCAUGACUGUGAGACAAGGAAGCAGAGUGAGACUGGAUGUUCGUGUAACAGGAAUCCCUACACCUGUGGUAAAGUUCUACAGAGAAGGAGCUGAGAUUCAGAGCUCCGCCGACUUUCAGAUUGUUCAAGAAGGAGACCUUUACAGCUUGUUGAUUGCCGAGGCCUUCCCUGAAGACUCUGGAACGUACUCUGUCAGUGCCUCAAACAGCAGUGGACGGGCCACUUCAACCGCAGAACUGCUGGUUCAAGGUGAGGAGGAAGCCGUUCCUGCAAAGAAAACUAAGACAGUUAUUUCAACCUCUCAGAUUUCACAGGUCCGCCAGACCAGAGAGGAAAAGAGAAUGGAAGCUCAUUUUGAAGCUGCAGCCAUGCAAAUGCAAGUAGAGGGAGGUGUUGUGAUACAACAGCUGGCUCAUAAGACGCCUCCUCGUGUGCCCCCGAAACCAACCUCCAAGUCCCCUCCAUCUCUUGUGACUAAAGUUUCAGCUACUCGUCACCAGUCCCCAUCUCCCGUGAGGCAUGUGAAGGCACCCACGCCAACUCCUGUCAGAGCCGUAUCACCCUCCACAAGACUGUCUGUAUCACCCAUCAGACCAGUGAAGUCCCCAGUAUUGAUCCGCAAACAGGUCACAACCAGUGCUGAAGUCCUGCCUCCGUGGAAACAGGCCGGCUACGUGUCUGAGUCCAGCUAUGCAGCCAGCAUGGCAGCUCAGGUCCAGACUUCAACACAGAUGCGCAUGGAGCAGCGCUGGGAGGGCUCCAUUGCCAUGCAGCAACAAGUCAGUGGCGCUGCUGUCAAAGAGGUUCUUGAGACAGCAGCAAUCCCCUCAGCUGCCAAAGAGCCAGUUAUACCCCCAACUGUUGUUGUUGGAUUGAAGAACUUGACCGUUACUGAGGGAGAGUCUGUGACUCUGGAGUGCCAGAUCUCAGGCCACCCCACACCUGGCAUUAUGUGGUUCAGAGAAGACUACAGGAUUGAGAGCUCCAUUGACUUCCAGAUCACAUAUGAGAAUAACUUUGCCCGCUUAGUGAUCCGUGAGGCCUUUGCUGAGGAUAGUGGCCGUUUCACUUGCACCGCCACCAGUGAGGCUGGAACUGUCAGCACCUCCUGCUACCUCCUUGUUAAAGUGUCUGAAGAGAUUGAAAGCCGAGAAGAGGUUACUAUGGAGAAACAGAUUGUUAUUGAAAGUAAAGAAGCAGCUGUAUCAGAAGUGACUGCUGUAGAGAGUGUAGAAGCUGGAGCAGCUGCAGCUCCUUUCUUUAUAAGGAAACCAGUUACACAGAAACUGGUGGAAGGUGGCAGCAUUGUCUUCGACUGUCAGAUUGGAGGCAGCCCCAAACCUCACAUCUACUGGAAAAAGAAUGGUGUCCCACUCACCACUGGAUAUAGAUAUCGAGUGAGCUACAAUAAGGAUACAGGAGAUUGCAGACUGGAGAUCUCCAUGACAUUUGCUGAUGAUGCUGGAGAAUACACCAUCUCUGCUAGAAAUCAACAUGGAGAGGCAUCUGCCUCCACACACCUCCUUGAGGAAGAGGAAUAUGAGGCAUACAUCAAAACACAGGAAGUGAUGUACAAAACAGAAGUAACCACUGCAGUGGUGCAGGAGCCCAAAGUGGCGGACGUGCCCCCUGUGGUCGUAAGUGAAUAUGACAUACAAAGGAAGAUGGCUCAGCAAGCACAGAUAAUGCAGACGUUCAUCACAGAGAGGGAAUUCCAAAUCUCUGCUUUGGAGCAGAGAAUAAUUCAAGAGAUUGAGAUCAGGAUUCUAAAGAUUACAUACCGGGAACUGGUGACUGAAGAUGGAGAGGAGAUGAUUACUGUGGCUGAACAUGAGGCUGCAGGAUCUUCAAUCAGCACGGCUGUCAAAAGCUACAGAAUCAUGGAGGGAAUGGGUGUUACUUUCCACUGCAAAAUGGAAGGAAAUCCUGUGCCAAAGAUUGCUUGGUACAAAGAUGGCAAGCGCAUCAAGCAUGGAGGCCGUUAUCAGAUGGAGGUUCUUCAGGAUGGUAGGGCCAGUCUGCGCCUUCCUGUGGUGCUGCCAGAAGAUGAAGGAGUCUAUACAGCUUUAGCAAGUAACAUGAAGGGUAAUGCUGUAAGCUCUGGAAAACUCUAUGUGGAGUCUACAGCCACUGCUCAGCCUUAUUAUCCUCAGGCAGAGGCAGUGAGAAGAGUACAGUCCGAAUCCCCAAUGUCUGCACGGUCCAUUAGCCUCUCUCCUGGACGCUCCCCUGCACGCUCUGUUAGCCGUUCCCCUGGUCGCUCACCUGCUCGCAGGCUGGAUGAGACAGAUGAGGCCCAGCUGGAAAGACUUUACAAACCUGUGUUUGUCAUGAAGCCAUCAUCUUUCAGGUGCUCUGAAGGACAAACGGCAAGAUUUGAUCUGAAGGUUGUUGGAAGACCCAUGCCUGACACUUUCUGGUUCCACAAUGGACAACAAGUGGUUAAUGACUACACCCACAAGAUUGUGGUGAAGGAAGAUGGAACACAGUCAUUGAUUGUGGUUCCUGCCAUGGCUCAAGACUCUGGAGAAUGGACAGUUGUUGCACAGAACAGAGCUGGAAAAACCUCAGUCUCUAUGACUCUCACUGUAGAGGCUAAGGAAAAUUUGGUUAGACCACAGUUUAUUGAAAAACUGAAGAAUGUGAGUGUCAAGGAAGGAACUUUGGUUGAGUUGGCUGUCAAAGCCAUUGGAAACCCUCUCCCUGACAUUGUCUGGCUGAAGAACAGUGACAUCAUCUCUCCUCACAAGUACCCCAAUAUUAAGAUUGAGGCUACUAAGGGAGAGGCACAUUUCAAGAUUCCCCAAACUACUGGUUCUGAUAGUGCAUGGUACACGGCCACAGCUAUUAACAAAGCUGGCCGAGAUACCACACGCUGCAGAGUCAAUGUUGAGGUGGAGUUCGCUGAACCUGAACCAGAGAGAAAGCUCAUCAUCCCUAAGGGAACUUAUAAGGCUAAGGAAAUUGCUGCACCAGAGUUGGAGCCCCUACAUCUCCGCUAUGGUCAGGAACAAUGGGAGGAGGGUGACCUUUACGACAAAGAGAAGCAGCAGAAGCCUCACUUCAAAAAGAAACUGACUUCAGUCAGACUCAAGCGUUUUGGUAAUGUGCACUUUGAUUGCCGACUGACUCCCAUAGGUGACCCUACAAUGGUUGUUGAGUGGUUGCAUGAUGGGAAACCUCUGGCAGCUGCUAACAGACUACGUAUGGUCAAUGAGUUUGGUUACUGCAGCCUUGAUUAUGAAGUUGCUUAUUCCAGAGACAGUGGUGUUAUUACUUGCAGAGCCACCAACAAGUUUGGUGUUGACCAGACCUCUGCUACCCUAAUCGUGAAAGAUGAAAAGAGUCUUGUUGAGGAAAGCCAGUUACCAGAGGGUAGGAGGGGACCGAGAAUAGAUGAAAUUGAGCGCAUUGCUCAUGAGGGAGGUCCUUCAGGAGUCACAGGAGAAGACAUGACAGAAAAAACUAAGCCAGAAAUUGUCUUGCUUCCAGAACCCAUCAGAGUACUGGAAGGAGAAACUGCAAAAUACCGUUGUAGAGUAACUGGUUACCCAACUCCAAAAGUCAACUGGUACCUCAAUGGACAGCUUAUUCGCAAGAGCAAAAGAUUCAGACUGCAGUAUGAUGGCAUUCACUAUCUUGAGAUUACAGACUGUAAGUCCUAUGAUUCAGGAGAUGUCAAAGUAUUGGCUGAGAACCCCGAGGGCACUGCUGAGCACACAGUAAAGCUGGAGAUCACACAGAGGGAGGACUUCAGAUCAAUUCUGCGGCGUGCCCCUGAGAUAAAGGCUCCGGAGGGUCCUGGUCCUGAACAUGGCAGAGUAUCCUUUGAUGUUGUGAAAGUGGAUAAACCUGCAGAGGCAUCACAGGCCAAAGAGGUCGUCAAACUGAGGAGAGCUGAGAGGGUUGUUCAUGAGAGGCCAACAGAAGAGACAGAAGAAUUGAGAAGCAAAUUCAAACGCAGAACUGAAGAGGGCUACUACGAGGCAAUCUCUUCAGUAGAGUUUAAAUCUCGCAAAAAGGAUGAAUCCUAUGAAGAGAUGCUAAGGAAGAGAAAGGAGGAGCUUCUGCACUGGACCAAGGAGAUACCUGAGUCUGAAAAGAAGAAAAUGGAAGAGGAACGCAAACUUACCAUUCCUACAAUCAGACCUGAGAAAAUAACUCUGUCUCCAAGCAUGGAGGCACCGAAGAUCUUAGAACGAAUUCAGAGCCAGACAGUCACCCUGGGUGAUGAGGUGCACUUCCGUUGCAGAGUUGUUGGGAAACCAGAUCCAGAAUGCCAGUGGUUCAAGAAUGGAAUCUUGCUGGAAAAAUCUGACCGCAUUUACUGGUAUUGGCCUGAAGACCAUGUCUGUGAAUUGGUUGUUAGAGAUGUCUCAGCUGAUGACUCAGCUAGCAUCAUGGUAAAAGCCAUUAAUAUUGCCGGGGAGACCUCAAGUCAUGCCUUCUUGUUGGUACAAGCCAAGCAAGUUGUAAGCUUUACACAGGAAGUGGAGGAUGUCUAUGCCAAAGAGAAGGACACCAUGGUGACCUUUGAAUGUGAGACAAAUGAGCCUUUCGUCAAGGUCAAAUGGCUGAAGAACAAUGCAGAGAUUUUCUCUGGGGACAAGUACAGGAUGCACUCUGACAGAAAGGUGCACUUCCUGUCUGUGCUGAUUAUAAACAUGGAGGAUGAUGCUGAGUACACUUGUGCUGUUGUUGAGGAUGAGCAAAUAAGAACAUCUGCCAAACUUCACGUUGAAGGUGCACCACUCGAAAUUGUGAAGAAUCUGGAAAGCAUUGAGGUACCAGAGACAUAUGCUGGAGAAUUUGAGUGUGAGCUGUCACGUGAGGAUGCUGAAGGCACCUGGUACUUUGAGAACAAAGAGAUCACUCCAAGCCUAAAGUACGUUGUGUCCUCACGUCGUGGCCGCUACAGCCUGACAGUAAAAGAUGUGAAAAAAGAAGACCAAGGCAAAUACACCUUCAAAGUGGGCGAUCUAAAGACAAGCGCCUCCUUGAAGAUGAAAUUGCGCCCUGUUACGCUGUUGCAAGGCCUCUCUGACCUGACUGUCUGUGAAGGUGACAUUGCUCAACUGGAGGUGCGAUUCUCCCAGGAGAACGUGGAAGGAACUUGGAUGAAGAAUAAUCAACCCAUCUCAGCUACUGAUAGGAUUCACAUUGUAAUUGACAAAGUUGUACACAAGCUCCUUAUUGAAAAUGUCAACAGAGAUGAUGCUGGAGCAUACUCCUUCGUUGUUCCUGCUCAAGACAUUUCCACUACAGGAAAACUAACUGUUCAGUCAAUCAAUAUUAUAUCUCCACUGAAGGAUGUUAGUACAGUGGAAGGCACAAAGGCUGUGCUAGAAGCCAAAAUUUCAGCUGCUGAUGUUAGCUCAGUGAAAUGGUACCAUAAUGACAAGCUGCUGACGGCUGAUGACAGAGUCCAGAUGGUUGCUAAGGGAUCAAAACAACGCUUGGUACUCAACAGGACCUAUGCUUCCGAUGAAGGACACUACAAACUGGUUGUUGGCAAAGUUGAUUCAUCGUGCAAGCUUUCUGUUGAGAAGGUCAGCAUCAUAAAGCACAUGGAGGACCGUGUUUGCACCGAGACCCAGAAUGUCACCUUUGAGGUUGAGUUAUCUCAUGCUGGGAUUGAUGCUCUCUGGACCUUUAAGAAUCAACCUCUUAAGGCUGGUCCACAGUAUAAGAUUGAGUCGAAGGAUAAGAAGUAUAGGCUCACUGUUGUCAAUGUCAUGAAAGAUGAGGAAGGUUCUUACACUUUUGCAGCUGGUGAGAAGACAUCAAGUGCAAAACUUACUGUAUCAGGUGGUGCCAUAAACAGACCCCUGCAAGAUUUAACAGUUGCCGAGUCGCAGACUGCUGUGCUAGAGUGUGAAGUUGCCAACCCCACUGCAGAGGGCAAGUGGAUUAAAGAUGGACACCAUGUUGACUUUGGCGAAAACAUCAGGAGUGAAGAGAUUGGUGCUGUAAGACGCCUUGUCAUUGUUAUCACUAGACCACAGGAUAUUGGAGAGUACACCUACCAGGUUGCAACCUCCAAAACAUCAGCCAACCUAAGGGUUGAAGCCGUGAAAGUCAAGAAGACAUUGAAGAAUCAAACUGUCACUGAGACACAGGAGGCAGUGUUCAGCCUUGAGCUCACUCAUUUGGAUGUAAAAGGGUCCCAGUGGAUCAAGAACGGUGUUGAGAUUGUCCCAAGUGAUAAAUAUGAGAUCACAGUAGAUGGCACAGUUCACUCCUUGAAGAUCAAAAACUGUAACACCCAGGAUGAAUCAGUUUAUGGGUUCAAACUAGGAAAACUUUCUGCUAAUGCCAGACUGAAUGUUGAGACAAUUAAAAUUGUGAAGAAGCCCAAAGAUGUGACUUCCCUGCUAAAUGACACUGCCUCCUUUGAGCUGAGCCUAUCUCAUGAUAAUAUCCCAGUUAAAUGGAUGUUCAAGAACCAAGAGCUCAAGCCAAGUGCAAAUGUCCAGAUACUUUCAGAAAGGAAAGCACACAAACUGGUAAUUUCUAAUGUUGAUGAGACCAUGGCAGGAGAAUACACAGCUACAGUGGGACAUAUGCAGUGCAGUGCAUUUUUACAUGUUGAGUCUAUAAGGGUCACCAAGCCUAUGAAGAAUGUGGAGAUUCCAGAGACCCAGGUGGCCACAUUUGAGUGUGAAGUUUCACAUUUCAAUGUCCCAUCCACCUGGUUGAAAAAUGGGGUUGAGAUUGAGAUGAGUGAGAAGUUCAGAAUUGUGGUGCAGGGCAAGCUCCACCAACUCAAGAUCAUGAACACCAGCAGAGAUGAUGCUGCAGAGUACACCUUUGUGUGUGGGAAUGACAGAGUCUCUGCCACUCUGACCGUUAGCCCCAUACUCAUCACUUCGAUGCUCAAAGACCUCAAUGCUCAAGAGAAGGACACCAUUACAUUUGAGGUGACUGUCAACUAUGAGGGCAUCACCUACAAAUGGCUGAAGAAUGGCGUGGAGAUUCGAUCCACUGACAGAUGCCAGACCCGUUCUAAACAGCUCACUCACACUCUCACCAUCCGUAACGUGCACUUCGGUGAUAGCGCAGAAUAUAAGUUUGUAGCUGGAUCUGCUGAGACGUCCGCCAAGCUGUUUGUUGAGGCUCGUGUCAUUGAGUUCACAAAACACAUCAAAGACAUCAAAGUCACUGAGAAGAAGAAGGCCAUUUUUGAAUGUGAGCUUUCUGAGCCUAAUGUUCAAGUCACAUGGAUGAAAGAUGGCCAAGAACUUGAGAGAUCAGAAAGGUAUAAAGUUUCCACAGACAAAUACAUACAGCGCUUGAUGAUACAGACUGUUCGCAUGUCUGAUGCUGGCGAGUACUCCGUGGUUGCUGGCUCAAGUGUUUCCAAGGCUCACCUUACAGUGGAGGGCAAGGACGUCCGCAUUACUGAACCUGUUGAGAAAGAAAUAACGGUGCUUGAGAAGCAGAGAGCUACUCUGGAGUUUGAAGUCAAUGAAGAUGACAUCGAAGGCCGCUGGUUGAGAAACGGUGUUGAAAUUCAGUUCACAGUUGAUAAGCGCUUCAAUUAUGUGACCAUCAGGAAAAUCCAUCGCUUGACAAUCACUGAAACUUACAGAAGUGAUGCAGGAGAAUAUACUUUCAUUGCUGGGAAGAACAGGAGUGUUGUGACGCUACAUGUCAACAUCCCUGAGCCUCCUCAGAUCAUCAGACACAUGGAGCCUUUGUCUGUUGAAGCUGGCAAACCUGCACGCUUCUCUGUGGAAGUGACCGGCAUCCCUCAGCCCCAGGUCACCUGGUACAAGAACUCUCAGGCACUGUCUGCUGGAUUCAAGUGCAAGUUCCUGAGAGAGGGAAAUGAACACGCUCUGCUGCUCAUUGAGGUUUUCCCAGAAGAUGCAGCUCAGUACAACUGUGAGGCAAGAAAUGACUAUGGACAGGCCACCAGCUCUGCCACACUGAACGUUGAAGUUCCAGAGGUUGUUUCCCCUGACACUGGUGCACCCUUAUCCCCACCUGUGAUUAUAUCUCCAAUACAAAACACCUCUACCAAAGAAGGAGCGUCUGCCAGAUUCCAGUGCAGGGUGACUGGAGAGGAUCUGACUAUCACUUGGUACUGCAAAGAGAAGGAGAUCAAACAGUCAAAUUUCUUCAGAAUGUCUCAGUUCGAUGAUAUCUGUCAGCUUGAGAUUGCCAGAGUUUAUUCCGAAGAUGAGGGAGAGUACACCUGUGUCGCUCGCAAUUCUGCUGGAAUGGUCUCCUGCUCUGCAGUGCUGCAACUGGAGGUUCCACAAGUGCGUGAGGAGAUUGAAACUAAAAUUGAGGAAGAAGUCAAAGUGCCACCUGUUUUCAGGCACAAAAUCCAUGCUCUGGAAACCAACGUUGGCAGCCCUGCCAAAUUUGAAUGCGAGAUAGAAGACGCACCGAAUGUGACCUUCAAAUGGUUCAAGUCUGGCUCUGAGAUCAGACAGAGUGACAAGUACAGGAUCAUCAGCCGCAAUACCACAUCAUGUCUGGAGCUUUUGAGCCCAGCAAAGGCCGACAGUGGAGAGUAUACCUGCAGAGCUUCAAACCAACAUGGUAGUGACAGCUGCUCUGCUAACCUGAAUGUGACAGAGGUUUUCCCUCCAGAAUUUGUGUCAAAGCCUGAUCCGAUGAUUUUAUUUGUGGGCAAGCAAGCGAAAUUGCAAUGUGUUAUUACUGGUUCUGCACCGAUGAAUGUUGUCUGGCACAAAGACAACAUUGCCGUUUCCACUGAUCAGCACUAUAAGGUGUCAUCUGAAAAGAACAAACAUUAUCUUGAGAUCAUGCAACUUCAGCAAAGUGAUCAGGGAACAUACCUUUGCAAAGCCUCAAACAGCGUUGGCACGGCUACAUGUUCCACUGAAAUGAGAGUUAUAGACAAACCCAGCUUCAUAAAAACGUUUGAGUCAACAUUUAUAGCAGUGGGUAAUCCACUGAAGCUGGAGUGUCAGGUGAAUGAAGAUAUAGGAGUGACCAUCAGCUGGACGAGAGAUGGCAAGAAACUCCAUAAUACAAUGGAUAGCAAAAUUUCUUUUGAGGAGAAAGUGGCCUGCCUUGAAAUCCCAAAGGCCAAGCUUAAAGAUACUGGCACUUAUGCCUGCAUCGCUGCGAAUGAUGCUGGAAGCAGCACUUACUCUUCUGUGGUAACUGUGCAAGAACCUCCAGCAUUUGUAAAGAGACUGGAGCCUAAGAUACAAUGGAAACAAGGCAUAUCUGCACGCUUGCUGUGCACUGUUAAAGGAUCUCCUGUACUCCAUAUCACUUGGUUUUUAAAUGACAAACAACUUGAUUCCAGUGAGAGACACAAAAUUGCAUUCAAAGAUGGUCAAGCUUCACUUGAGAUUACAGCCCUUGCUGUGUCCGACAGUGGAAAUUACACUUGUGAAAUAAUGAAUGAGGCUGGCUGUGAAAGCUGCAGCACACAAUUGACUGUUAAAGAACCACCUGCUUUCAAAAAGGAACUGGAAAUGGUGGAAGUAGUGAAGGGACAAACAGCCCAAUUCAGCUGUGAAGUUACAGGCACUGCUCCAUUUGAAGUGACCUGGUUUAAGGAUAAGAAGCCAAUUACUGCUGAUAAAAAACACAACAUAGUUUCAAAGGAUGCCAUUUCCUAUUUGGAAAUACAGUCAUUUGAUAGUGCAGAUGUUGGUGAUUAUCAGUGUUGUGUUUCAAAUGAUGUUGGUAAAGUAACAUCAAAAGCAGUAGCCAGGCUAAAAGACCCACCAUCUUUUGUAAAGAGGGUUGAAAAUACGACUGCAGUUUUGGGAAGUGCUGUGAAACUGCAGGGUACUCUUAAAGGCUCAGCCCCUAUUACUGUCAAGUGGCUCAAAGAUUCUGAAAUACUCAGAGAUGAUGAUCCUAAUAUUACCACAACUUUUGAACAUAACAUUGCCAUUUUGGCAGUUGCAAAAGUCGCCUUAAAUCAUGGUGGGAAAUACACAUGCCAAGCUGUAAAUGAGGCUGGUCAGCAAAACAGUGAAGCCACAUUAUCAGUUCAAGAACCUGCUAGGAUUGUUGAUAAAGCACCAUCCAUCAGCGUAACUGCGGGAGACUCUGCAACUUUGGAAUGCACUGUCUCUGGAAGUCCAGAUCUCAAAGUAAAAUGGCUCCGUGAUGGCAAGGAAAUGACCACAAGCCGAAAAUACAAAGUCACCUUUAAAGACAAUGUAGCAAGCUUAAAAAUCCUCUCGGCAGAGAGGGGAGAUAGUUCUGAAUACACUGUUGAAGUUUCGAAUAAGGUCGGAAAAGACCGCUGCUCUUGCUCAGUCACAGUUCUUGAUAAAAUCAUACCUCCAACCUUCACAAAAAGUCUUAAAAAGGUUGAUGGUAAUGUUGGGGGAAGUGUUCAGAUGGAUUGCAAGGUGUCAGGGUCCCAGCCCAUGAAAAUAUCUUGGUUCAAAGAUGGAAAGGAGAUCACAACUGAGAUGAAGUACCAGACUGAGUUUAAAGAAAGCACUGCAACUUUAAAAAUACCUAAUUUAGAGACCACUGAUGCUGGAGUUUUCACCUGCCAUGCAACUAAUACGGCAGGGCACAGUGAGACCAGUGGAACAGUAUCUGUUAAAGAGCCCCCAGUCUUUACACUGAUGCCUGAAUCUCAAGAAGUUAUACCAGGAUCUACUGUUGUUCUGAAAGCUGCUUUCACUGGAACAGUGCCUUUUGCCAUUAAAUGGUUCAGAGAAGAGAAAGAGAUAUUAACCGGAGGCACUUGUUUCAUCAAGAAAGAAGCCUCUUCAAGCACCCUAGAGUUGCACUCUGUGAAGCCAUCUCAUUCUGCCAAAUAUACUUGCCAAGUGGCUAAUGAUGCAGGAAAGGUUUCAUGCACCGCUGACUUGUUUGUGAAAGAACCUCCAAAGUUUGUGAUGAAACUUGACUCAACUAAAUUAGCAGUGAAUGGAAGUUCUGUGGUUUUGGAGUGUAAAGUAACUGGCAGCCCUGAGAUCGCUAUUAAGUGGUUUAAAAAUGAGACAGAAAUCAGCCCAAGUGAAAAAUACCAAAUGAGCUUCACCAACUCAGUUGCUACACUGCAAAUGUCCAACUGUAGUAUUGAAGACAGUGGAGAUUAUAUUUGCAUAGCAUCCAGCGAUGCUGGUAGCGAUCGAUGCAGUUGCUUGGUCACAGUCAAAGAACCUCCUGUUUUUGUGAAAUUAUUUGAGUCCAAAGAAGUUGUCAGAGGUUCUGACGUUGUGCUGGAGGGAUCCGUCUCAGGCUCAGAUCCCUUCGAGGUCUCUUGUUUUAAAGACUCAAAGCAAAUCAGAAAUGACCGUCGUCAUAUCAUUACCAUGAAGGAUGGUAUAGUUACUAUCCAGAUUCUGAAAUUUGAACACGGAGAUGCUGGAAAAUAUCAGUGCACAGUAGGAAAUGAAGUAGGACAGACAUCAUGUGAUUGUGAAAUUAUACUGAAAGAGCCACCAUCCUUUGUGCAGAAGCUAGAUAACAUGAGUGUCCUCCUUGGCAGUGAGCUUACUAUGCAGUGUGUUCUGAAAGGCUCUUUGCCUAUGACAGUCUCAUGGAUGAAAGAUGACCAUGAGGUCACAGAUACUGAGCAUGUCCAGAUUUCCUUUGAAAACAGAAUAGCAGUGCUGCGUAUGUCAUGCAUACAGUUAAACCAUGGUGGAAAGUACACUUGUCAUGCUCAGAAUGAAGCUGGAAGUCAGAAGUGUACAGCAGCUUUAGUAGUCAAAGAGCCAGCAAAUAUCACAGAGCAGGCCAAGUCUAUCAGUGUCACUGUAGGAGAUCCUGCCACUCUGGAGUGUAGGUUCUCAGGCACUAAGGCCCUGAAAGCCAAAUGGCUGAAGGAUGGAAAAGAGCUUGCGUCAGGGAGAAAAUACAAAGUGCAAAGCACUGAUAAGAGCUCUAUGUUAAAGAUCUUUUCUGCAGAGAGGGCUGACGAGGGCGAAUAUACGUUUGAGGUUUCAAAUGAUGUUGGCAGUAGCGCGUGUGAGGCUUUCGUGACCGUACUAGACCAAAUAAUUAAGCCUUCUUUCACAAGAAAACUGAAGGAAAUGGAAAGUAUUAAAGGAUCCUUUGCACAUUUAGAAUGUCUAGUCUCUGGAUCCCUGCCUAUAACAGUCACAUGGUUCAAGGAGAACAAGGAAAUACAGACUGAUGAAAAACACAAGUGCAUUUUCUUCGAGAAUGCAGCAUCAUUGGAAAUCAGUCGUCUCGAUAGCUCUGACAGUGGCAACUACACUUGCAUUGCCACAAACAAAGCAGGAACUGACCAGUGCUCUGGUGUCUUAAAAGUCAAAGAACCACCCACUAUCAUUGAGAAGCCUGAGUCACAGGAUGUCAUACCUGGAACUAGAGUGAAGUUCAAUGUACUUGUAUCUGGCACUCCUCCGCUGACUAUCAAGUGGUUCAAAGACAAAAAGGAGGUCUUAUCAGGGGUUGACUGCUCAGUUCAAAAAGAUGAUUCUUCAAGUUCCCUUGAGCUCUUUUUCACUAAGCCAUCAGACUCUGGACAGUACACCUGUGAAAUAACCAAUGAUGUUGGGUCUGAUUCCUGCCAAGCAACGCUUUUUGUCAAAGAACCCCCAAAAUUCACCCGAAAACCAGACAAAGUUUCAGUGGUGAAACCUGGCCAGUCUGUAGUUUUUGAGUGUCAGGUUGUGGGCACUCCAGAGAUAGACACAUACUGGUUCAGAGAUGGCAAUGAAAUAAGUCCAGGCUUUAAGCAUAAAAUUACUUUUGACAACUCACUGGCACGGCUUGAGAUAACUGAUGCUGAUGUCAAAGACAGUGGAGUAUAUUACUGUGAGGCCCGAAACGAAGCGGGUAGUGAGAGCUGUAGUAUGGAGCUGAAGGUCAAAGAACCACCAGUUAUUGUGAAGCCGUUCACCUCAGUAGAGGUUGUGAAAGGUUCAAAUGCUUCUUUUGAGUGCCAAAUUAAAGGCACUGCUCCUUUUGAGAUUACCUGGCAAAAGGAUUCAAAGGAGAUAAAGCCAAGCACUAAACAUGUGUUCUCACAGAAGAAUGGCUCAAUAAUCAUUCUUGACAUACAAAAGUGUGAUGAUUUGGAUAUUGGCGAAUAUCUCUGUAUUGUUUCAAAUGAAGUUGGCAGUUGUUCAUGUAGCACAACACUAAGCAUAAAAGAACCACCAUCUUUUGUAGAGAAGAUCCAAAAUGUGGCUACAGUGUUGGGAAACGUAGCUGAGUUUACAUGCAUCGUGAAGGGGUCACCUCCUUUGACCAUACAGUGGCAGAAAGAUGAAACCUGGAUUCUUGAAGAUCCCAAAAUUGACAGAACAUUUGAGAAUAAUGUUGCCACUUUGAGAAUACCCAUUUGUGAGUCUAGCCAUAGUGGAAGAUAUACCUGCCAGGCAAUGAAUGAGGCAGGACAGGAAAAGUGUUUUGCUACACUUUUGGUGCAAGAGCCUCCACAGAUUAUUGAAAAGCCAGAAGUUAUAAACGUCACUGCUGGAGAUCCAGUCAGUUUUGAGUGCAAGGUAACAGGCACUCCUGAGCUGAAAGUGAAAUGGAGCAAAGGUGGCAAGGAGGUGGUCCCAUCCAGGCAACACAGCCUCACCUUUGCCAAUAAUGUCAGUAAUCUUAAGAUUCAGUCUGUGCAGUUAGAUGAUGGAGGAACUUACCUCUUUGAAGUUUCCAAUCACAUCAGUGUCUGCCAGUGCAAAGUGACUUUGAAUGUCCUAGAACAAAUAAUUCCUCCGGCCUUCAUCAAACCUCUGAGUGAUAUGGAGGAGAUUCUAAGUUCCCCAGUAAAACUUGGAUGCAAUAUAUCCGGCUCUCUCCCAAUCUCUGUGGAGUGGUUCAAAGAUGGAACUAAACUGUCGGGUAGAACCAAGCAUAAACUGGUUCAGGACGACAACAGCGUCUCUUUGGAGAUUGAGCGACUAGAGAAGGCAGACACUGGAACUUACUCUUGUAAACUUACAAACAAAGCAGGCAGUUGUGAAUGCAGUGGAACGCUGAGGGUGAAAGAGCCUCCAAGCUUUGUGGUGGUGCCAGAACAACAGGCUGUCAUACCAAAUACCACUGUGCGUUUUAAGAGUACCUUUAAGGGAACACCUCCUUUCACAGUGAAAUGGUUCAGAGAGGACACUGAGUUGAUCACUGGACCUUCCUGCUUUAUUGGCCUCGAGGGGCUUUCAUGCUUCAUAGAUCUUUAUGCAGUGGGAAUUUCAAACACUGGAACUUACUCUUGUCAAGUUAGCAAUGAUGCUGGUACAGUGAAAUGUGCCACAAGCUUAUUGGUGAAAGAACCCCCUGAGUUUGUUCAGAAACUACCAGCAACAAAGUAUAUAAAGAUGGGAGAGCCACUUCGGCUUGAGAGCAAAGUUACUGGCACGCCUCCUUUGAAAAUUAGCUGGUACAAAAAUGAUGCUGCUGUCACUGACAGUGACAACUUGAGGAUGACAUUUGAUGACUUGGCGGCAGUGCUUGAGAUUUUCAGCACCAGCAGAAAUGAUGAUGGAGUGUACACCUGUGAAGCCCAGAAUGAUGCAGGAACUAAGAGUUGCAGCACCACUCUCUCAGUCAAAGAACCGCCAACUUUCCACAAAGUGCCCACACCUCUUGAGGGACUGAAAGGAAAAGAUGUCAGUCUUAAUUGUGAGCUGAAGGGAACCGUACCUUUUGAGAUAACCUGGUUUAAAGCCAGCAAGCAACUGAAGGAAAGUAGAAAAUACAAGUUUGUGUCUGAGGGACACUCUGCAACUCUGCACAUCCUUGGUCUGGAGGCAUCAGAUGCUGGUGAAUACGAAUGCAAAGCCUCAAACAAUGUGGGAAGUGAUACCUGCCAGGCAACAGUGAAACUCAGAGAACCACCAGUUUUUGUCAAAAAGCUGUCCAAUACAACAGCUGUAUCUGGUGAGGAAGUGACUCUGGUGGCCACCGUCAAAGGUUCUGAACCUAUCAAUGUGUCUUGGGUACAGGACAAGGACCAUAUUCUCACAGACAGUGACAAUAGGAAAAUUACAUUUGAGAAUAACCAGGUCACUCUUAAAAUCUUUAAAGCUGAUCCCACAGCUGCUGGGAAGUACACCUGUCAGCUUAAAAAUGAUGCUGGUGUUGCAGAAUGCAUGGCAAACCUAACUGUUCUAGAACCCGCCGCAAUUUUGGAUAAGACAGAAUCUGUCAGUGUCACAGCAGGUGACGCUGCAGCUUUAGAAUGCAGUGUAUCUGGAACCCCAGAGCUCAAACCAAAAUGGUACAAAGAUGGAGUGGAGUUGUCUUCUGGCAGGAAUUACAAAAUCACCUUUUCCAAAAGGAUUUCCACUCUUAAAGUGCUGUCUGCACAGAAAGGUGAUACUGGAGAGUACACCUUUGAAAUCAAGAAUGAGGUUGGCAGUGACAGCUGCAAAAUGCACCUCACUGUCUUAGAUAAAAUUAUCCCUCCCACAUUUUCACGGAAAAUGAAGGACACUCAGAGUAUCAUUGGCAAACCUAUUGAAAUGGACUGUAAGGUCUCAGGUUCUGCACCUCUCACCAUUUCUUGGUACCACAACGGAGAAGAGGUCACAAGUGGACCAAAUUAUGAGAUUAGUUUUGCUGAAAACACCUGUACCCUCAAGCUGCCCAAUCUGAAACUGUCAGACUCGGGGUCAUACAUGUGCAAGGCACUGAACAGUGCUGGUACUGCAGAGACUACUGCCUCACUUGUUGUUAAAGAACCUCCAUCUUUUGUGUCACCACCUCAGCCAGUGGAGGCCCUCCCGGGUUCAAAUGUCACAUUUACUGCCACUGUGAGGGGAAGUGCCCCAUUAAAACUGAAAUGGUUCAGAGGCAGUAAGGAAAUUGUGUCUGGUAGAAGCUGUGAGAUUGCCUUGAGAGGAGACACAGCCAUACUGGAGCUCUUUAAAAUUGACACAUCCCAUGCAGGCGAAUAUACUUGCCAGAUUAUUAACGAUGCAGGGAAGGAAAACUGCCCUGUCACCCUUUUUGUGAAAGAGGCUGCACGUUUCGUCAAGAAGCUAAAGAAUCUCUCAGUUGAAAUGGGCAAGUCAAUGAUACUUGAAUGCACGUAUGCUGGAAGCCCCAAGAUUCUUGUAAAAUGGUACAAAGAUGGUCAGGAGAUUUUCUCCUCUUACAAAUAUAAUAUCACAACCACUGAGAGCUCCUGCAUCCUGGAGUGUCUGAACAGUGAUAAAGAGGCUGCAGGAAAAUACACUUGCGAGGUUUCGAAUGAUGCUGGACACGAUACCUGUAAUGCCACAGUGUCCAUUUUAGAACCACCUUCCUUUAUUGAGAGUUUGGAACCGAUGGAAGUGACUGCAGGUGAUGCGGUCUGUCUGAAAUGCCAGAUUGUGGGGACUCCUGAGAUCAAAGUGUCCUGGUUCAAAGGAGAUGGCAAAGUCAGAUCUUCCCCAACUUGUAGAAUUGAAUACUCCAAAGGCACGGCUUGCUUGAAAUUAACUAAAGCCUCAAAAGCCGAUAUUGGCGAAUACACUUGUAAGGCAGAAAACAGCAUUGGAUCUGCAACUUCUACCUGUUAUUUAACUGUACAAGAGGCCAAAACGCCACCUUCUUUCCCCAAGAAAAUUACUAGCAUUCAGCAAACUGAGGGACAUAGUGUCCAGUUUGAGUGUCGUGUUGCAGGAUCCUCUCCUAUGGAGAUUUCUUGGCUUAAAGAUGGUGAACCUCUGAGAAGUGACUCAGAGUACACAAUGACUUUUGAUGAUAAUUCUGCUGUCCUGAAAAUUGCCAAGGGUGAAAUGAGACACUCUGGAGAAUACACUUGUGUUGCAACAAAUAGUGUUGGGACCGCCUCUUGUAGAGCCAAGCUCACACUUCAAGAGCCAAGAUACCCAGCUGUGUUUGAUAAAAAGCUUGUGCCUGUGGAAGUUUCAGUCGGAGAUAUCGUGGAACUGGAAUGCCGCGUGACUGGAUCAUUACCAAUAAAAGUGACUUGGUCAAAGGAUCACAAAGAUAUCCGUACAGGGGGCAAUUAUAAGAUAUCGUUUGUGGAAAACACCCCACACCUCACUAUUCUGAAGGCAGAUAAGGCUGACUCUGGCCGCUACUCUUGCCAUGCUAGUAAUGAUAUGGGGAAGGACUCUUGUUCGACAGAAGUUAUUGUGAAAGAACGCAAAAUUCCUCCAAGCUUCACCAAAAAGCCUUCAGAAACACUGGAGGACACUGAGGGCAAGUUAGUGAAGAUUGAGGCCCGUGUUGCUGGAUCGCAGCCCAUGACCGUCAGCUGGUUCAAAGAUGACACAGAAAUCUUCAGCUCUGACAAUUAUGAUAUGACCUUCAAAAACAAUAUGGCUGUGCUGUUCAUCAAGAAUUCCCGCCUCUCAGAUAUUGGUACUUACACAUGCAAGGUCAACAACGACGCUGGCGCUGCUUCUUGCCAGGUUUCUGUCCACAUUACAGAGCAAAAGGUACCUCCAAGCUUUGACUUGUCUCUUAAACCUGUGACGGUGAAUGAGGGUGAGACACUCUUUCUUAGCUGCCAUGUACGUGGCUCUCCUCCACUGAAAAUACAGUGGAUGAAGGACAGGAGGGAGCUGACAUCUUCUGCCAGCACCAAGAUCACAUUUGUAGAUGGCACUGCCUCAUUAGAGAUAGUCCGUGCGUCUAAAACAGACGCAGGAGAUUAUCUCUGUAAGGCAACCAAUGAAGUUGGUAGCGAGUUCUGCAAGUCUAGAGUCACUAUCAAAGAGAAAGCAGGAGCUCCUGCUCCAGCUCCUGCAGCUCCCGCAGCCCCCGCAGCUCCUGAACCAGUUAAGAAACUGGACAACUUGUUCUUCAUUGAGGAACCCAAGAGUGUCCGGAUUACUGAGAAGGGCACUGCAACCUUCAUCGCCAAAGUUGGGGGUGAUCCCAUUCCUAACGUGAAAUGGAUGAAAGGCAAGUGGAGACAGAUGAGUCAUGGUGGCCGCAUCACCAUUGAUCAGAAAGGACAAGAGGCCAAGUUGGAGAUCAGAGAAGCGACCAAAUCUGACACUGGCCAGUAUAGAUGUGUAGCCGCUAACAAGCAUGGAGAAAUCGAGUGCAGCACCGAACUGAAUGUCGACGAGAAGAAAGAGAUUGUACUUGAAACAGUUAAACUGAAGAAGACACCCUCAAAGCAGAAAAGCCCAAAAGAGGAAAAGGAAAUUGACAUUGUUGAGCUGCUCAGAAAUGUGGAUCCCAAAGAGUAUGAGAAAUAUGCUCGCAUGUAUGGCAUCACAGACUACCGAGGCAUUCUUCAGGCCAUUGAGCAGCUCAAGAGGGAGAAAGAAGAAGAAAGUGGAAGACCGGAAGUGGAACGUGCAAGACGUGAGCCAGAUGAAGAUUUGGCCAAACUUGUGGCUGAUUUGCAGAAGAGGAUGGAGCAAACUGAGCCUGUUACGUUGAUCAGAGACAUCACAGAUCAGACGACAGAUGCCAACAAGGAGGCUGUCUUUGAAUGUGAGAUCAAGAUCAACUACCCAGAGAUCAUGCUGACCUGGUAUAAAGGAACCCAAAAACUUGAAACAAGUGACAAGUACGAGAUCAAAAUUAGUGGUGACCGCCACAUCUUGAAGAUCAAGAAUUGCCAGACCAAGGAUGAAGGCAGUUACCGAAUUGUUUGUGGGCCUCAUAUCUCUAGCGCCAAACUUACAGUAUUGGAAGGUGAAGUGGAACGGCACAUGGAAGAUGUUGCUGGUAAGGAAGGCCAAACCUGCACACUAACAUGCCAGUUCUCCAUACCCAAUGUAAAGGCACAGUGGUUUAAAAAUGGAAAGCUUUUAGAGCCUCGUGGCCGAUACACAUACGCUGUGGCUAAUUAUACUCAGAAGCUCUCGAUCAAAGACGUUAGGCCUGAAGACCAGGGAGAAUAUAUGUGCAAAUACAGACACCUUGAAACAGCUGCAAAUCUUUGGGUUGAAGCGGAACAAAUUCAUUUCACUAAGCGCAUUCAGAACAUUGUUGUCCGGGAACGACAGUCCGCAACUUUUGAAUGUGAAGUGUCCUUCGACAACGCAGUAGUAACAUGGUACAAGGAUACAUGGGAGCUUAAAGAGAGUCCAAAGUACACAUUCAGAAGCGAAGGUCGACGGCACUUUAUGAUCAUCCGCAACGUAACCUCUGAGGAUGAAGGCGUAUAUUCAGUGAUUGUCAGAUUGGAGCCCAGAGGUGAAGCCAAAAGUACAGCAGAGCUGUAUCUGUCUGGUAAAGAAAUUGAUGUAGGAAGGGUACCUUAUGAUAUCCCUGAUUCAUCAAUACAAGUCCCUGAAGCACCAUCUGCAUUUACUAUUGAAGCUGAAACUUCUGCAGAAUACUAUCAUUAUGAAGAAAAGAUGGAAGUACAAGAAUAUGAGUAUGAAUACAGGACAGAAGAGAGGGUAGUAGAGGAAGUCUCUAUAACAGCCCUGAGGAUCCCCGUGGAAGAGACUAUUGAGAGAAAAGCAUUAGGAAUGAGAGAGGAAGUUCCAAUCAAAGUUCCAGAGGAGGAACGAGUUGAGGAGAAGGAAGUAGCACCACCUAAAGUACCCAAAGUCAAGAAACCCGUGGAGGAAACAAUUGUACCAGUAAAGGUGGAGAAACCAAAAGAACGUCCCACACCGAAAGCACCUGAAGAGGUACCUGCUCCUCAGCCAACUCCAGUCACUCCCAAGAAAGUGCCAGAACCUGUAGCUCCUGUGGUUCCAGAGCCUAAACCCAAAGAACCAACGCCUAAACCUGCCCCAGUAGCUGAACCCAAAGCAGAGCCCAGGCUGGAGGCUAAGCCUGAGCCUGUACCUGAGGCCAAGGUGAAACCAGCUCCUGAGCCAAAGCCUGUACCUGAGAAGAAAAUUGAGUUGCCUCCAGCCAAAGUUCCUCCGGAGGUCAAAAAACCAAAACCAGCUGAACCAGAACCACCAAGGGCAGUACCAACCGAACCAGAACCAGUCGUCUUGGUUCCUAAGGAAGUAGCCCCUCAAAAAGUUCAUGUGGAGGAAGAGAAGCGAAAACCAACUCAACCAGAACCACCAAAAGCUGUGCCACCUAAACCUGAACCGGAAAAACCCACUGCGGUACCUAAGGAGGUAGCCCCUCAAAAAGUUCAUGUAGAGGAAGAGAAACGAAAACCAGUUCAGCCAGAACCACCAAAAGCUGUGCCACCUAAACCUGAACCAGAGAAGCCCAUUGUGGUUCCUCAGGAAGUAACCCUUCAAAAAGUUCGUGUGGAAGAAGAGAAACGAAAACCAAUUCAGCCAGAACCACCAAAGGCAGUGCCACUUAAACCUAAACCAGAACAACCCACCGUGGUUCCUCAGGAAGUAGCCCCUCAAAAAGUUCGUGUGGAAGAAGAAAAACGAAAACCAAUUCAGCCAGAACCACCAAAAGCAGUGCCACCUAAACCUAAACCAGAACAACCCACUGUGGUUCCUCAGGAAGUAGCCCCUCAAAAAGUUCAUGUGGAGGAAGAGAAACGAAAACCAACUUUGAUUGAACCACCAAAAGCUGUACCACCUAAACAUGAACCAGAACAGCCCACUGUGGUUCCUAAGGAGGUAGCCCCUCAAAAAGUACAAGAACCUUCCAAGAAGCCAGAGGUCCCUACAUGUAUACCUAUACCGAAAGAGGAAGUGAAAGAAGACGUUUCUCCUGUGCUUAAACCAAAAGAGGUUUCUCAGAAGAAAGAUGUCACUCCUGCCCUCAAGAAAGAAGAGAAAGUGGAAAUACUACCUAAGAAGAAGGAAUACGAACCUUCUCUUAUAAAAGAAGAUAUUUUGCCUCAAAAGAAAGAUAUCACUCUUGAGCCUAAACCUGAGAUUAAACCUGAGCUGAAACCUGAGGUCCAACCUGAACCUAAACCUGAAGUUAAGCCUGAACUUAAACCUGAGGUCAAACCUAAGCCAAAACCUGAGGUCAAACCUGAACCUAAAGCUGAGGUUAAGCCUGAGCUGAAACCUGAGGUCAAACCUGAACCUAAAGCUAAGGUUAAGCCUGAGCUGAAACCUGAGGUCAAACCUGAACCUAAAGCCAAGGUUAAGCCUGAGCUGAAACCUGAGGUCAGACCUGAACCUAAAGCCGAGGUUAAGCCUGAGCUGAAACCUGAGGUCAAACCUGAACCAAAACCUGAGGUUAAGCCUGUGCCUAAACCUGAGGUCAAGCCUGAGCCUAAACCUGAGGUCAAGCCUGAACCUAAAGCCGAGGUUAAGCCUGAGCUGAAACCUGAGGUCAAACCCAAACCAAAACCUGAGGUUAAGCCUGAGCCUAAACCUGAGGCGAAGCCUGAGCCUAAACCUGAGGUGAAGCCUGAGCCUAAACCUGAGCAUAAACUUGAGGUUAAACCUGAACCUAAACCUGAAGUUAAGCCAGAACUAAAACCUGAGGUCAAACCUGAGCCUAAACCUGAAGUUAAGCCUCCGCCUAAACCUGAAGUUAAGCCUCCACCUAAACCUGAGGUCAAACCUGAGCCUAAACCUGAGGUCAAACCUGAGCCUAAACUUGAGGUUAGACCUGAACCUAAACCUGAAGUUAAGCCUCCGCCUAAAACUGAGGUCAGACCUGAACCUAAGCUUGAGAUUAAGCCUGAACCUAAACCUGAAAUCAAGCCUGAACCUAAACCUGAGGUGAAGCAAGAACCCAAGCCUACAGCAGUGAGGAAAACUGAGUCACCUCCAGCAAAAGCUCAUGUGGAGGAACAGAAACGAAAACCAACUCAGAUUGAACCACCAAAAGCAGUGCCACCUAAACCAGAACAGCCCACUGUGGUUCCUAAGGAGGUAGCCCCUCAAAAAGUUCUUGUGGAGCCUCCAAAGGAAGAACCUCCAAGAAAACAGGAUGCACGCUUUGUCCCUCCAAAGGAGGAAGAACGAGCUAAAGUGCCAGAACCAGAGAAGAUGGCUCCUCCAGAAAAGGCACCUGCUCCUUUGAAACGGGAGGAAGCUGCUCCCAAAGUUGAAAAGAAACCAUCUCCAGUACCUGAAAUUUUGCCAAAGGCAAAGAAAAUCUCUCCACCUGAAGUUGAACGAAAAGUACCACCAGAGCCUGCAGUUGUGCCACAAGAAAAGAAAGUGUCUCCUGUUGAAGAGGGUGAAAAGGGACCUGUUGCUGCACCUGGACCUGUGAAAAAAGAGGGGACACCAAAAGAGGAGGCUGGAAGAGGCAGAGGCUUGAAACCAAGAAAAACUCCCUCACCUGGUGAUGUUGGACGAGGAAGAGGGCUAAAACCUGGUGCAGGUGGUGACAAACCUCCAGGGGAAGCACCAUUUGGUUUCCAGCUCAAGGCUGUCCCUCUGAAGUUUGUGAAGGAACUCCAAGAUAUUGUACUGCAGGAAGCUGAGUCAAUAGGUUCUUCUGCUGUAUUUGAGUGCCAGAUUUCUCCUUCUACUGCUGUUACCUCAUGGAUGAAAGACGGAAGUAACCUGAGGGAGAGUCCAAAGCACAAGUUUACCUCUGAUGGCAAAGACCGCAAACUGGCCAUCAUUGAUGUUCAGCUCUCUGACACAGGAGAGUACACAUGCGUUGCUAAGCUUGGAAAUAAAGAGAAGACCUCUACUGCCAAACUUAUUGUAGAAGAGUUGCCUGUGAGAUUCACCAAGAAUCUGGAGGAAGAGACGACUGUAAUCAAAGGACAGCCUAUGUAUUUGACCUGUGAGCUGAGCAAAGACAGGAGUGUGGUCUGGAAGAAGAAUGGAAAUCCACUCUUAGCAGUUCCUGGCAAGAUUGCCAUCAAUGUUAUUGGACUGCAACAGGCUUUGACUAUUCAAGACUCAAAUGAUGAUGAUGCUGCUGUUUACACGUGCGAGUGUGAGAACCUUCAGACACAGACGAAUGUCAAAGUCAUUGAAAUUAUAAGAGACUGGUUGGUGAGACCUCUGAGGGAUCAGCAUGUGAAACCGAAGGCCACUGCUACCUUCAAGUGUGAGCUCUUCAAGGACACUCCCAACUGGAAGUGGUUAAAGGGAGAUGAAGAAAUUCCUACAGAACCAACAGAUAAGACCGAGGUCAAGAAGGACGGAAAAGAUAUCACACUGGCCAUUAAGAAUGCCCAACCGAAUGAUGCUGGCGAGUAUGCCAUUGAGGUCGAAGGCCGUAGAUAUCCUGCAAAACUCACACUUGGAGAACGUGAAGCUGAGAUCUUAAAGCCUCUUGCUAGUGUGGAGGUGAAGGAGAAGGAGGAGGCUAACUUUGACACUGAAAUCUCUGAGGAUGAUGUGCCUGGCGAAUGGAAGCUUAAGGGACAGGUUCUAACCAGAUCACCGACAUGUGAUAUCAGGGCAGAGGGACCGAAACGAUUUCUUACUCUGAAAAAUGUUCAGCUUGACCAGGCUGGAGAAGUUACAUACCAAGCUUUGAAUGCCAUCACAAGUGCAAUGCUGACAGUCAAAGAGGGAGACGCCUACUUCACAGUUAAGUUGCAGGACUACACUGCAGUCGAAAAAGAUGAGGUCAGUCUUGACUGCGAGCUGAGCAGAGAUGUUCCAGUGAAGUGGUUCCACAAUGAGACUGAAAUUAAGGCCUCCAAGUUGGUUUCCAUGAGGGCAGAGGGCAAACGGAGAAUCUUGACAAUUAAGAAAGUGGGGGACAAAGACAAGGGCCAGUACGUCUGUGACUGUGGAACAGACAAAACAAUGGCCACUGUGAACAUUGAAGCUCGUGACAUCAAGGUGGUUCGCCCCAUGUAUGGUGUUGAGCUAUUUGAUGGCGAGACUGCACGUUUUGAAGUGGAGCUCUCAGAGGAUGAUGUCCAUGGCCAGUGGAAACUGAAAGGAGAAGUUCUUUCUCAGUCACCUGACGUUGAAAUCAUUGAGGAUGGCGCCAAGCACAUUUUAACUUUGUACAACUGCAAAGUUCCUCAGACAGGCGAGGUUUCAUUCCAGGGUGCCAAUGCAAAGUGUUCUGCAAAUCUGAAAGUCAAAGAGCUGCCAAUUACUUUCCUCACACCUUUGAGUGACGUGCAAGUGUAUGAGAAAGACGACGCAAGGUUUGAGUGUGAAACAUCACGAGAGCCGAAGACCUUCCGCUGGCUGAAGGGAACCCAGGAGUUGAAGGCUGACGACAAAUUUGAAAUUGUUUCAGAGGGGAAAAGACAUGCUCUGGUUGUCAAAUCUGCAGCCUAUGAUGAUGAGGCUAAGUACAUGUUUGAGGCUGAGGACAAAAGAACUACUGGCAAACUCAUCAUUCAAGGCAUUCGUCUUGAGUUUGUCAAGCCCAUCAAGGACGUGACCGUGAAGGAGCGUGAGACAGCGGAGUUCAGUAUUGAACUUUCCCAUGAGAAAGUUCAGGUCACCUGGUACAAAAAUGAUGUGCGCCUGCACCCGAGCAAAGUGGUGCACAUGUCAGAACAGGGCAAGAUCCACACUCUGUCUUUCAAGGAGGUGUCAAUUGAUGAUACCUCUUUGAUUAAAGCAGAGGCCCUUGGAAAAACUUGCGAGGCCAUGCUCACUGUUCUUGAGGGAGAAGCCUACUUUACCACCAAGCUGCAGGACUACACAGCUGUUGAAAAGGAUGAAGUAGUGCUGAUGUGUGAACUGAGCAAGCCCUCUGCUGAGGUGAAAUGGUUUAAAGAUGGCAAGGAAAUUACCCCGUCCAAGAAUGUCCUCAUCAAGGCAGAUGGAAAGAAACGCAUUCUAACAGUUAAGCGGGCUGAUAAAAGCAAUAUAGGCGAAUACACUUGUGACUGUGGCUCUGACAAAACAACAGCUAAGCUGAAUAUUGAGGAGCGUGACAUUAAGAUCGUUCGUCCACUAUACAGCGUGGAAGUCAUAGAGACUGAGACUGCUCGCUUUGAGACAGAGAUCUCCGAGGAGGAUGUGCAUGGUAACUGGAAACUCAAAGGAGAGGCUCUGCACCAGUCUGCGGACUGUGAGAUUAAGGAAGAAGGAACAAGACACAUGCUCAUUCUCUACAAUGUGCAGAUGAACAUGGCUGGCGGUGUGGACUUUAGUGCUGCCAAUGCUAAAUCUAGUGCUCAUCUGAGAGUUAAAGCACGAACGAUAGGCCUUUUGCGGCCUCUCAAGGAUGUUACAGUUACGGCUGGGGAGACUGCAACCUUUGACUGUGAACUGUCGUAUGAAGGCAUAUCUGUGGACUGGUUCCUUGGGGGUACAAAGCUGGAACCAAGCGACAGAGUGGUGACCCGAGCAGAGGGCAGAACUCACACGCUGACCCUAAGAGAUGUGAAGCUGACAGAGGCAGGAGAAGUAAAACUCACUGCAAAGGAUUUCCAAACCCAGGCCAAACUCAUCGUGAAAGAGCCUCCAGUCGAGUUCACCAAGCCGCUUGAGGACCAGACUGUAGAGGAGGAAGCUACUGCCAUACUAGAGUGUGAAGUCUCCAAAGAAAGCGCAGAAGUCAAGUGGUUCAGAGAUGGACAGGAAAUCCGUAAAACGAAGAAGUAUGAGAUGGUUGCUGAGGGCUGCAAGAGAAAGCUCAUCAUUCUUGACUGCACACUUGACGAUUCAAAAACGUACACCUGUGAUGCCAAAGACUUCAAGACUUCUGCUUUCUUGAAUGUUGAACCUCCACAUGUGGAGUUCACAAAGCCACUCCAUGAUGUUGAAGUCAUGGAGAAAGAAACUGCCAAGUUUGAAUGCGAGGUUUCCAGAGAAAAUGCCAAGGUUCGCUGGUUCAAGGAUGGAAAUGAAAUCAGAAAGGGCAAGAAAUAUGAGAUCAUUUCCAAAGGAGUUCAGCGUAUUCUUAUCAUUAGCAAGGCGGUGUUUGAUGAUGAGGCUGAAUAUGAAUGUGAUGCAAAGACUUCCAGGACCUCUGGCAUGCUGACUGUCAUUGAGGAGGAGGCAAGAUUCACAAAGAACUUGGCUAAUGUGGAAGGCACUGAAACUGACAGUAUUAAACUGAUCUGUGAGGUCUCAAAGCCCAGUGCAGAGGUUGUAUGGUAUAAGGGUGAUGAGGAACUGCCUGAGGGUGGAAGAUAUGAACAUAUUGCAGAUGGCAGAAAGAGAGUUCUCCUCAUCCAGGACCUUCGUAUGGACGAUGCUGGAGAAUACCACUGCAAACUGCCCAGCUCACAAACAACAGGGACACUAAGAAUUAAUGAACUCGCUGCUGAGUUUAUCUCUAGACCCCAGAGCCAAGAAGUGGUUGAGGGUGAAAAAGCUGAGUUUGUGUGCUCAGUGUCCAAAGACUCCUAUGAAGUCAAAUGGCUCAGGGGUGACAAAGAACUCCAAACAGAUGACAAAUACGAGAUUAUUUCUGAUGGCAAGAGAAGGGUCCUUGUGGUCAAGAACUGUGAGCGUAAUGAUGAGGGACCUUUUGUGGCCCUUAUUGGUGCCACAAGAGCUAGUGCUGAUUUGACAGUGCUUGAGAAGCUCAGAAUUAUCACACCCCUCAAGGACACAAAGGGAAGUGAAGGACAAGAGAUUGUUCUCAACUGUGAGGUAAAUACAGAGGACGCCAAGGCCAAGUGGCUGAAGAACGACGAAACACUGUUCGAGAGCAGCAAGUUUAUCAUGGUCCAGAGAGACACUGUUUUCUCUCUGAGGAUUAAAAAUGCUGAGAAGUCAGAUGAAGCUACCUACACCAUCACACUGACCAAUCAGCGUGGUGAAUAUGCUAAGAGCUCAGCCAAGAUUACUGUGCAAGAGGAAGACCUCAGAAUCAUUGUUCCUCUUGAGGAUAUUGAAACACAAGAAAAGAGGACCAUUUCCUUCUCAUGCAAAGUGAACAAACCAAAUGUGACUGUGCAGUGGAUGAAGGCAGGCCAGGAAAUCACUUUGAGCAAGCGCAUUGUAUAUCGCGUCGACAAAGACAAGCACACUUUGACCAUUAAGGACUGCAGCCUUGCAGAUGAGGGUGAAUACUCUGUCAUUGCCGGUUCUGACAAGUCAACAGCUGAGUUAAUAAUCAGUGAAGCGCCAACUGACUUCACUACUCAACUCCAAGAUCAGACUAUCACUGAGUUUGAAGAUGCUGAGUUUACUUGCCAGCUCUCCAAAGAGAAGGCUGAAGUUAAAUGGUACAGAGAUGGCCGAGAGAUCAGAGAGGGUCCAAGGUAUCAGUUUGAGCGUGAUGGAAAGACAUGCACACUACGCAUUAAGGAAUGCAGACCUGAUGAUGAAUGUGAAUAUGCCUGUGGAGUUGAUGACAAAAAGUCCAGGGCUCGCCUCUUUGUUGAAGAGACCCCAGUGGAGAUCAUCAGACCUCCAGUUGAUGUAUUUGAGCCCCCAGCCUCUGAUGUUAUAUUUGAGGUUGAGCUGAACAAAGACAAAGUUGAUGUUAAAUGGCUAAGAAACAACAUGACAAUUGUCCAGGGUGACAAAUACCAGAUGAUGAGUGAAGGUAAGAUUCACAGACUCCAAGUCUGUGAGAUCAGGCCUCGUGAUCAGGGUGAAUACAGAGUUAUCGCCAAAGACAAGGAUGCAAGAGCCAAGCUUGAGCUUGCAGCUGUGCCAACGAUAAAGACUUUGGAUCAGGACCUGGUGACAGAUGCUGGAAAACCAUUUGUCAUGUCAGUUCCUUACAAUGCAUACCCACAUGCUGAGGCUGAAUGGUUCUUUGACACCAUCAGUCUGCCAAAAGAAAAUGUUCAUACCUCUACCGACAAGACAGAGUACAGACUGAAGGACCCUAAGAAGUCAGAGGAGGGCCGUUACAAGAUCGUUAUUAAGAACAAGCAUGGACAGGGAGAGGCUUUCAUUAAUCUGAAAGUUGUUGACGUUCCUGGGCCUGUGAAGAAUCUGCAUGUGGUGGACACUUCUGAUGGAGAGGUCAGCAUUGCCUGGGAUGAGCCUGAGAGCGAUGGUGGCAGCAAGAUCUUGGCCUAUGUGGUGGAAAGACGUGAUGUCAAGCGCAAGACCUGGACGCUGGCCACUGAUCGGGCUGACAGCACAGAGUACACUGUCACUGGGCUGCAGAAGGACUCCCUGUAUUUCUUCCGUGUUUGCGCACGCAACAGAGUUGGAAGUGGUCCAAAUGUAGAGACGGAUAAAGCUAUACAAGCCAAGAAUAAGUUUGAUGUUCCAGAUGCACCUCAGAAUGUUGCUGUUGGAAAUGUCAGCAAGUUUGGUGCCACAGUCUCCUGGGAACCACCACUGUUUGACGGUGGAUCAGAAAUCACAUCCUACAUCAUUGAGCUCCGUGACAGGACAUCUGUGAAAUGGUCUCCAGUCAUGGUGACCAAACCUGAAGACCGUACAGCCAUAAUCAAUGAUGUUAUUGAGAACAAGGAAUACAUUUUCCGUGUUAGAGCAGAGAACAAGGCUGGUCCUGGCAAGCCAAGUGCUGCCACUAACCCAGUUAAAAUCAUGGACCCAAUAGAGAGGCCAAGCCCACCCCUGAAUUUGACACACUCUGAACAAACCAAAGAGGGCUGUCUGCUAACUUGGGAGACGCCUCUUAAGAACGGAGGCAGCGUGAUCACAGGCUACAUUGUCGAGAGAUGUGAGGAAGAUUCAGACAAGUGGCUAAGGUGUAAUGCCAGGCUAUGCCCAGACCUCCUCUACAGGAUGUCCGGUCUUAAAUAUGGAAAAAAAUACAAAUACAGAGUCAUUGCUGAGAAUGCAGCCGGUCAGUCUGACCCCUCUAAUAUUGUUGGACCUGAACUGGCAGAUGACUCACACUUUGCACCUACCCUGGACCUGAGUGCCUUCAAGGACGGCCUGGAAGUGAUUGUUCCUAAUCCUCUUAGAAUUCGUGUCCCAAUCACUGGAUACCCAACACCCACUGCUAAGUGGACCUUUGGUGACAAGGAGCUCACUGCUGGUGACCGUGUGUCUAUGGUCACAAAGGCCACCUUCACUGAAUUAGUCAUCACUCCAAGUGUGCGUCCAGACAAAGGCAGAUAUUCUCUGACACUGGAGAACGAUGUAAGCAGUGUCUCUGGAGAGGUUGACGUCAAUGUCAUUGCAUCCCCUAGUGCACCAAAGGACUUCAAGGUUGCAGAGGUAACCAGAAAUCAUGUGCAUCUUAUGUGGGAAGCACCAGAUCAUGAUGGAGGCAGCCCACUGACUGGCUACCAGAUUGAGAAGCGAGAAGUGUCCAGAAAGACUUGGGUCAAGGUCAUUACUGGUGUACAAGACCAAGAGUACACUGUCACAGAUGUAAUCGAAGGCAAGGAGUACUUGUUCAGAGUUAUUGCCUGUAACAAGUGUGGCCCUGGAGAACCUGCUUAUAUUGAUGAUCCAGUGAAUGUGUCUUCACCAGCCACUGUUCCAGAUCCACCAGAGAAUCUUAAAUGGAGAGACAAGUCUGCCAGCAAAAUCUUCUUGUCAUGGGAGCCUCCAAAGUGGGAUGGUGGCGCUCCAAUUAAAGGCUACACUGUUGACAAGUGCCAGCGUGGCACUGACAAGUGGGAGCCAUGUGGAGACCCAGUGCCUGAGCUCAAGCUUGAGGUGACUGGUCUGAAAGAGGGUCAGUGGUAUGCUUAUCGUGUGAGGGCCUUGAACAGACUAGGCUCAAGUAGACCUAGCAAGGCAACUGAUGAGAUUUUGGCUGUUGAUCCUAAAGAGCCUCCAGAGAUUCACUUGGAUGCAAAACUACUGGCUGGUUUAACUGCAAAGGCUGGCACAAAGAUUGAACUUCCAGCUGAUAUCACAGGCAAACCAGAGCCUAAAGUAAAAUGGACCAAGGCUGACCUUAUUCUCAAGGAAGAUGACAGAAUCACUAUUGACACCAAGCCUGGUCAUUCCACAGUGUACAUUGCUAAGACUACAAGAGAUGACUCGGCGACUUACAUUGUUGAGGCAGUCAACAGCAGUGGACGUGCAACUGCAACAGUUGAUGUCAACAUCCUAGAUAAGCCUGGACCUCCAGCUGCCUUUGAUAUCUCUGAAAUAACCAGUGAGUCCUGCCUCCUGUCCUGGAAUCCACCCAGAGACGAUGGUGGCUCAAGAGUGACAAACUACAUUGUUGAGAGGAGGGCUGCAGACAGUGAGAUCUGGUACAAGCUGUCAUCCACUGUAAAGCCAACCACCUACAAAGCCACAAAGCUUGUGACCUUCAAGGAGUAUAUCUUCAGAGUCUAUGCUGAAAAUCAGUUCGGCAUUGGUUUGCCAGCUGAACAUACUCCGAUAAUUGCCAAAUAUCCCUUCGAUCCACCUGGACCACCAUACAAACUUGAGGCAUCCGAUAUUGCAAAGGAUGCUGUCACUUUGACCUGGUAUGAGCCUGAUGAAGAUGGUGGAAGUCCCAUCACUGGCUACUGGGUUGAGAGAUUUGAGCCAGAUGCUGACAAAUGGAUACGAUGCAAUAAAUUACCAGUAAGCGACACUAACUUGAGGGUGAGAGGAUUGCCCACAAGAAAGAAGUAUAAGUUCCGUGUCUUGGCUGAGAAUCUUGCUGGACCUGGCAAACCAAGCAAGGAGACUGACCCAAUCUUGAUCAAGGAUCCAAUUGAUCCUCCAUGGCCUCCUGGCAAACCUCUUGUUAAGGAUGUUGCCAAAACUUCAGCUUUCCUGCAGUGGACUAAGCCUGAGCAUGAUGGUGGUGCUAAGAUUGAGUCCUACAUUAUUGAGCUCCUCAAGAGCGGAACGGAGGAAUGGGUCCGUGUGGUAGAUGGUGUUCCUGCUCUUGAGUACUUCCUUAAGGGACUGAUGGAGAAACAGGAAUACUCUUUCCGUAUCAGAGCUGUCAAUGCAGCAGGCGAGAGUGAACCUAGUGAGCCUAGCAAUCCUGUGCUGUGCAAGGAGAGACUCAAUCCUCCAUCACCCCCAAGAUGGCUAGACGUAAUUAAUAUUUCCCGGAACAGUGCUGAACUGAAGUGGACAGCCCCUGAGAGAGACGGUGGUUCACCAAUCACCAACUACAUUGUUGAAAAGAGAGAUGUCAGACGCAAGGGCUGGCAAGCUGUUGACACCACUGUGAAAGAGCUGACAUACACCGUCACUCCACUGAACGAAGGCUCUCUCUAUGUAUUCCGUGUGGCAGCUGAGAAUGCUGUUGGUAUUAGUGAAUACUGUGAACUUGUUGACUCUGCUUUGGCAAAGGAUACAUUCACUACUCCUGGACCUCCUUAUGCUUUGACUGUCGAAGGGGUGUCAAAGACCCAUGUUGAUCUUAAAUGGGAGGCACCUAAGAAUGAUGGUGGUAGACCUAUCUUGAGGUAUGUCAUCGAGAAGAAAGAGAAACUUGGAACCCGCUGGGUGAAAUCUGCAAAGACAGCAGGCCCUGACUGCAAGUACAGAGUGACUGAUGUAAUUGAAGGAACUGAGGUGCAGUUCCAGGUUCUUGCUGAGAACGAGGCUGGUGUUGGUCACCCAAGUGAACCCACAGACAUUGUGGUAAUUGAGGACCCAACAGGUCCACCAUCUCCUCCUCAGGAUCUCCAUGUCACCGAGGCAGCCAGAGACCAUAUCUCUGUUGCCUGGAAAGCCCCAGAAAGAAAUGGAGGAAGCCCAGUCAUUGGCUACCACAUUGAGCUCUGUGAGGCUGGAACUGAGAAGUGGAUGAGAGUUAACUCUCGUCCAGUUAAAGAGCUGAAAUACAGAGCCGGGGAGGAAGAGGGCAUUGUUCCAGAGAAGCAGUAUAUUUUCAGAAUUCGUGCUGUCAACGCUGUUGGUGCUAGCGAGCCCUCCGAGAUCUCUGAGAGUGUUUACGCUAAAGACUCUGACUGCAACCCUACCCUUGAGUUCCAGACCCAGGACGUUGUUGUUGUGGAGGGUGAGAAGAUGCACCUCCCCAUUCCAUUCAAGGCCGUACCAUCACCCAAGAUCACAUGGCACAAAGAUGGGAAAGAAAUGAAGGCUGAUGAACGAGUCUCAUUCAGAUCAGAUUACAUUUCCUGCCACCUGGAAAUUCCAAGCUGUCUGCAUGCUGAUGCUGGCCAGUACAAAGUUACCUUGGAGAACAGCCUUGGAGCAACCAGUGGGACAAUUAAUGUUAAAGUUAUUGGUCUUCCUGGACCAUGCAAGGAAAUUGUUGCUAGUGAUAUCACCAAGAACUCCUGCAAAGUGUCAUGGGAUCCACCAGACUAUGAUGGCGGCAGCCCUAUUCUUCACUAUGUCCUGCAGCGCAGAGAGGCGGGCAGAAGAACAUAUGUCAAUGUCAUGUCUGGAGAGAACAAAGUAAGCUGGCCUGUGAAGGACCUCAUUCAAAAUGGAGAGUACUACUUCCGUGUGAGAGCUGUGAACAAGAUUGGUGGCGGCGAGUUUAUUGAGCUUCGCAAUCCAGUGAUUGCUGAGGAUCAGAAGCAUCCACCUGAUCCACCUGUUGAUGUUGAAACCCACAACCCUACUUCUGAUUCUGUGACCCUCACAUGGAAGCCACCCAUGUAUGAUGGUGGAUGCAAGAUCAUGGGUUACAUACUGGAGAAGACGAUGAAAGGCCAAGAGAAGUUUGAGAGAUGCAAUGACUUUUUAGUGCCGGUCUUAUCCUAUACUGUUAAAAACCUGAAGCAAGGAAAAGAGUACCAGUUCCGUGUGCGUGCAGAGAACGCAGCAGGCAUUAGUGAUCCUUCACGCAGCACUCCUUUGGUUAAAGCCACUGAUGUUGUUGAUCGUCCCAAAGUGUUCCUCAGUGGUAGUCUGCAAUCAGGUUUAAGCGUCAAGAAAGGUGAGGAGAUCCGACUGACUGCCUACAUCUCUGGAUUUCCUUACCCAGAAAUAACUUGGAUAAGGAAUAAUUCAACCAUCAGGCCAGAGGCUCUGAGGAAGAGGCCAGAAAAACCUAUUAGGAAGAAGAAGGAAAAAGAAAAGGAGCCAGAGAAGAAGGAGGAGGAGAAAGAAAAGACAGAGGAAAAGAAAGAAGAAGACAAAGAGAAGAAGGAGGAAAAGCCAGAGGAGGACAAGGACAAAAAGGAGGAGAAGAAGGAGAAAGAAAAAGAGGUAGAGGAACCUGAAGAGCCAGAGGAGGAAUACCACCCAUCUCUGAAUGAGCGUCUUACCAUUGACAACUCCAGGAAGGGUGAAUCCUUCGUUGUGGUCAAAGAUGUUAUCAGAGGCGACCAUGGAGUAUUCACCAUCAAGGUGGAGAAUGAUCACGGCAUUGCCUCUGCCACCUGUGAGGUUAAUGUUCUUGAUACUCCUGGACCCCCAGUCAAUUUAAGAUUUGAGGAGGUCAGAAAGGAUUCUCUCACCUGCAAGUGGGAUCCCCCUCUAGAUGAUGGUGGAAGUGAAAUUCUUAAUUAUGUAUUGGAGAGAAAAGACAACUCCAAGACUGAGACUGGAUGGGUCACCGUGACAGCAACUCUCAGAGGCUGCAAGUAUCCAGUAACAAAAUUGAUUGAAGGAAAGGAGUACCUCUUUCGUGUUACUGCUGAGAACAGAUUUGGCCCUGGAAAACCAUGCAUCUCCAAACCUGUUGUUGCCAAGAAUCCAUUUGAUCCUCCAGAAGCACCUGAGAAGCCUGAAAUUGUAGACGUCACAGCCAACAGCAUGGUUGUAACUUGGAAGGAACCCAAGGACAAUGGUAGCCCCAUCCAAGGAUACUGGGUGGAGAAACGAGAAAUUAAUAGUACACACUGGGCAAGAGUUAAUCGCAACAUCAUUAAUGAACUGGAAGUAAAAGUAGAUGGUCUCUUGGAAGGCUUGACAUACAUUUUCAGGGUCUGUGCAGAGAACGUGGCUGGCCGGGGAAAGUUCAGUCCACCAUCUGAGCCGAAAACAGCACAAGCUCCAAUUUUGCCACCGGGUCCACCAAUUCCACGCGUUGUUGACACCACAGACCAUUCAAUAGUAGUUGAAUGGGAGCCCCCUGCAGACAAUGGUGGUGCAGAUAUUUUUGGAUACCAUGUUGACAAAACAAUGGUUGGCACUAAGGACUGGUCACGAGCCACAGAGAGACCAUGGAAGAACCACACAUUCACUGUGUAUGGUGUCAGAGAGGGAGCUAAAUAUAUUGUCCGUGUUGUGGCAGUCAACUGCGCUGGUGAAGGUGCUCCUGGUGUAACAGAUGCAGUCAUUGUGAGGAAUCCUGCAGAGAUGCCUGUUAUUGAACUUGGUGUCAAUGUGAAGGCUGGUCAUAUUGUAAGAGCUGGAGAGAUGCUGGUAAUCCCAGCACAUGUGACUGGUAAACCUAAACCAUCCCUUACAUGGACAAAGGAUGAUGCUGCCCCUGACAAGGAGCGUGUGGAAAUUGAAGAAGUUGGACAGGACAGUACUCUUAUUAUCAAAACUGCAAAAAGAAGUGACACUGGCAAAUACCAGAUCACUGCAGCAAACCCAAGUGGCAUCAAAUCAGCUUGGACCAGGGUUGAAGUUAUGGAUGUUCCUGGGCCUGUCCUUGACCUCAAGCCUGUUGUAGUGACAAGAAAGUUGAUGAUAUUGAACUGGUCUGAUCCUGAUGAUGAUGGUGGCAGUGAUCUGACUGGCUUUAUUGUUGAAAGGAGAGAGCCAAAGAUGCACACCUUUAGACAGCCCAUUGAAACAGUUCCAUCUAAAUGUGAAAUUGUGGGCAUAAUUGAGGGACAGGAAUACAUCUUCCGAGUUGUGGCCAAGAACAAAUAUGGCUGUGGGCCACCAGUUGACCUUGGGCCAAUUCGUGCAGUGGAUCCACUAGGGCCACCGACCUCCCCUGAGAAGUUUCACUACACUGAGAGAACCAAGUCUAGCCUUACCCUUACAUGGAAGCCACCUCGCAAUGAUGGCGGCAGUCCAAUCAUUGGAUACAUCAUUGAGAAGAAGCGUCAGGAUCAUCCUGCUUUCCAGCCUGUUUCUGCAGAGAUGUGCCCUAAUCUGACGCUGACUGUGGAGAAUUUGGAUGAGCUGCACAUGUAUGAGUUCCGUGCAAAGGCCGUUAACAGCAUUGGAGAAAGUGAUCCUUCCAUACCCUUGACUGUUGUGAUUCAGGAUGAUGAAGUUUCUCCAACUUUGCACAUGAUGAAGCAUUUCAAAGGUGAUCUAAUCAGAGUGCGGAAGAAUGAGCCAAUUGAGAUUCCUGCUGAGAUCACAGGUCUUCCAAUGCCAAAGGUUGAGUGGUCGAAGGAUGAUGUUGUUAUUCCAAAGUCUACUGAGAGAGUCUUGCUGGAAACCAAAGAGAUUGAUAGACUGACAGAACACACAAAACUCACCAUCCCUGCUAUUGCAAGGCUGGACAAGGGAAUAUACACUGUGACUGCUUCAAAUCGUCUUGGAUCAGUCAGCCAUUCUAUCACAGUGGAGGUGCUAGAUCGACCAACACCACCAAGAAACCUUGCUGUUUCAAAUAUCCGAGCUGAGUCUUGCCAUCUGACAUGGGAUGCACCACUUGAUACUGGAGGCAGUGAGCUCACCAACUACAUCGUUGAGAAAAAAGACCUCAAUGUUGAGGAUGUUGAGAAAGCUGAAUGGGUCCAGGUUACUAACACUGUCAUAGAGAAAAAAUUCGGGGUAUGGGAUCUUGAAACAGGUGGCAAGUAUCGGUUCAGAGUCAAGGCUGAAAAUAAGUAUGGAAUAAGCGAUGGCUGUGAAACAGAAGAAGUACAAAUCAAAGAUCCAUUUGCUCUUCCUGGUCCACCUGAAAAAGUUGCUAUUGCCGAGCACUCCAAGACCCAUAUGUUGGUGACAUGGGAGCCACCUAUGGACAGUGGUGGAUCUAUGAUCACUGGCUACUGGUUGGAAAAGCGUGAGAAGGGCACUUCCCACUGGGCUAAAGCAAACAAGACCCUAGUGACCAAACGUGGCAUGAAAGGCUGGGAUUUCCAGGUCACACGUCUCAUAGAGGGACUCGAAUAUGAAUUCCGUGUAAUGGCUUGCAAUGCUGCUGGAAUUGGCCCCCCUAGUGCUGUCUCUGAAUCAGCUUUUGCUGAUGACCCUAUCACACCACCCGGCAUGCCAGCAGCUCCUGAAAUUGCUGACAAAACCAAACGUAGUGUCACUCUGUCAUGGACCCCACCAGCUAAAGAUGGAGGACGCCCCAUCAAAGGUUACAUCAUUGAAAUCCAAGAUGAGGGUACAUCUGAGUGGGCCAGGGUAAAUGAUGCGGACAAUCUACAUCCUUCUACUGUGUUCACUGUUCCAAACCUCCAAGAACUGAAGAAAUACAGAUUUAGAAUCAUUGCAGUCAAUGAAAUUGGGGAGUCUGAGCCAAGUCCUAGGACCACUGAGGUUCUCAUGGAGGACGUUCAUACUGAGCCAAAGAUAUUUUUGGAUAUCAAUGCUGAUGAGUUAAUAAGCAUCCGUGCUGGAUCUCCAUUCAAAAUCCCAGUAACUGUUACUGGACGUCCCGUUCCCAAGGUUACAUGGGAGUUUGAUGGGAAAGCAAAGACAGAGAAGAAAGAUCGUCUUCACACCCUGCCAGUGGAUUCACAGGUGGAAUCUACUGACACUACCUCUGUUGUAACAAUUCCUGUGAGCUUGAGAGCCCACUCUGGCAGAUACACUGUCACAGCAAAAAACAAAUCUGGACAGAAACAUAUUAAUAUCAGAGUCAUUGUACUUGAUGUUCCUGGGCCACCAAAGGAGCUCAAAGUUACUGAUGUUACCAGAGCUACAAUGAGACUUACAUGGAAACUGCCAGAUACUGAUGGUGGAGAAAGAAUCAAGAGCUACUUCAUUGAAAAGAAGGCUGUCACAGGGAAGGCCUGGACAAAGGUAAAUCCAGCAUGUGCCAGCAUGGCAUUUGUGGUGCCUGAUCUCCUUGAGGGCCAAGACUACCUGUUCCGUGUUUGUGCUGAAAAUCGUCUUGGAAUGGGACCAUUCACUGAAACCACUGAGCCAGUGAGGGCAAGGGAUCCAAUCUAUCCCCCUGAUCCUCCAACUAAGGUCAAAAUCAACCUUGUUACCAAGAAUACUGUGACCCUAACAUGGGUGCCUCCAAAAAAUAAUGGUGGUGCACCAGUAACACACUACAUUAUCGAGAGGCUGAGCUGGGAUACCAGUGGUCCACAAAAAGAGACCUGGAAACAGUGCAAUAAGAGGGAUGUUGAAGAGACUACCUUUAUUGUUGAAGACCUUAAAGAGGGUGGUGAAUAUGAGUUCCGUGCCAAGGCAGUGAAUGAAGCUGGCCCAAGCAGACCCUCUGUUACGGUGGGACCUAUAAUCAUCAAAGAUCAGACCUGUCCUCCAACCAUUGAUCUUAGAGAAACUCUGGAGGGUGCAGAAACAUUUGAUGUCAACAUAAUUGCCAGGAUUCAGGGGUGUCCAUUCCCAUCCCUAGUUUGGCAGAAAGCCCCACUUGACAAGCCUGAAGAAAAGACUGAUGUGCAAUACGAUCAACAUAUCAACAAGCUGGUCUCAGAUGACAAAUGCACCCUGCUGAUUCAGCAAUCCAAGAGAGAUGACAGUGCAAUAUAUACACUCACAGCUACUAACAGCCUUGGCAAGGCUUCUAAGGAUAUCAGACUUACAAUUUUGGGACGACCUGGACCACCAGUUGGACCUGUCAAAUUUGAAGAAGUGUUUGCUGAAAGAAUUGGUCUUUCUUGGAAACCACCCACAGAUGAUGGUGGUUCUAAGGUAACAAAUUAUGUCAUUGAGAAACGUGAGGACAACAGGAAGACAUGGGUCCAUGUCUCCAGUGAUCCAAAGGAAUGUGCAUACACAGUUCAGAGGCUCACAGAAGGACAUGAAUAUGAGUUCCGCAUUAUGGCUCAAAAUAGAUUUGGUGUUGGACCACCACUCUACAGCGAACCUGAAAAAGCAAGAAAUCUGUUCACUGUACCAGGUCAAUGUGACAAGCCAACUGUCUCAGAAGUCACACUUGCAUCCAUGACUGUUGAAUGGGAGGAGCCAGAAUAUGAUGGUGGGUCCCCAGUUACUGGCUAUUGGCUGGAGCGCAAGGAAACUACAGCCAAGCGCUGGACCAAAGUGAACCGUGACCCCAUCAGAAUCAGGCCCCUUAGUGUCUCCCACAUUGUGACUGGUCUUUUGGAGGGAGCCACCUAUCAGUUCCGUGUUAUUGCCAUUAAUGCUGCUGGAUGUGGACUUCCAAGUCUGCCAUCAGAUCCUGUUGUUUCCAGAGACCCAAUUGCUCCUCCUGGACCUCCAAUUCCAAAGGUAACUGAUUGCACUAAGUCAACUGUUGACCUUGAAUGGAUUCCUCCAUUGAUUGAUGGUGGAUCUAAGAUUACAGGAUACUUCAUUGAAUACAAAGAAGAAGGAAAGGAAGAAUGGGAGAAGGCCAAAGACAAGGAGAUUAGAGGCACCAAGUUUGUUGUGCCUGGAUUGAAAGAGCUUGGACUUUACAGAUUCAGAGUGAGAGCAGUGAAUGCUGCAGGUGUUGGUGAACCUGGUGAAGUUGCUGAAGUGAUUGAGGUCAAGGACAGGACAAUUCCUCCUGAAGUGGACCUGGAUGCAACUGUAAAAGAGAAGAUUGUUGUUCAUGCUGGCGGUGUAAUUCGCAUCAUUGCCUAUGUAUCUGGCAAGCCUGCACCAGAGAUUACGUGGAACAGAGAUGAUGGUGAUUUGCCUAAAGAGGCUGUCAUUGAGACUACUGCAAUCAGCUCAUCUCUGGUCAUCAAGAGAUGUAGAAGACAUCAUCAAGGCAUUUACACCCUGACUGCCAAGAAUGAAGGAGGAGAACGGAGGAAGGCGAUAAUUGUGGAGGUGCUGGAUGUUCCUGGCCCUGUGGGUCAGCCCUUCUCUGGUAUAAAUCUUACCAAUGACUCUUGCAAGCUGACCUGGUAUUCACCAGAAGAUGACGGUGGCUCAGCCAUAACUAACUACAUCAUUGAGAAGAGAGAGUCAGACCGUAGAGGUUGGACUUCAGUGACAUACACUGUCACCAGACAUAACGCUGUGGUUCAGGGUCUCAUUGAUGGCAAGGCUUACUUCUUCAGAAUUGCUGCUGAAAAUAUAAUUGGAAGAGGUCCAUUUAGUGAGACAGCAUCUGAAGUUCUCAUUAAGGAUCCAGUUUCUGUUCCUGAGCGUCCAGAGGAUCUAGAGGUAACAGCUGUCAAGAAAGAUUCAAUCAGUGUGGCAUGGAGACCACCAAAGUAUGAUGGUGGUGCAGAAGUGAUAAGUUACGUUCUUGAAGUUCGUCAGAUUGGAAAGGACAACUUUGUCCGCAUAGCAAGUGAUGAUAAGCUGAUGGAUCGUAAAUUCACUCAUGAAGGUCUGAAAGAGGGUUUAACUUAUGAAUUCCGUGUCAGUGCUGUGAAUCAAAUUGGCCAAGGCAAGCCUUCCUUCAGCACCAAACCAAUUACAUGCAGGGAGGAGCUUGAACCACCUACUCUUGAUCUGGAGUUCCGUGACACGCUCUUGGUUCGUGUUGGGCAGCCCUGCAUUCUCCAAGGUCGCUACACAGGGAAACCAACCCCAAAUAUAAAAUGGUUUAAAAAUGAUGAGGAGAUUCAGGGAAAUGAGGAGAUUGUACUCACCAGCACCAAGAAGACUUUGUGUUUGACUAUUGAGAAAGCUAAGCGUGAUCACAGUGGCAAGUAUACUGUGGUUGUGGAGAACUCAACAGGCACGCGGAAGGGCAUCUGCACUGUUACUGUUGUUGAUCGCCCACAACCUCCAGAGGGCCCUGUUGUCUUUGAUGAAAUCUACAGGAAUCACAUGGUCAUUUCUUGGAAACCUCCAUUGGAUGAUGGUGGAUGUGCUGUCUCUAAUUACAUUAUUGAAAAGAGAGAUACUAACAGGGAUCUCUGGAUGCCUGUCACUGCAUCCUGCACUAGAACAACAUGCAGAGUUCCAAAACUGAUUGAGGGCAGAGAGUACAUUAUUAGAAUAUGUGCUCAGAACAUCCAUGGCAUUAGUGACCCUUUGCUGUCUGCAGAGACAAAAGCAAGGGAUGUAUUCAAGGUGCCACAUGCUCCAAAUGCUCCAGUGGUGAAAGAAGUCUACAAGGACACAGCUCUGAUUUCCUGGGAACCACCAGCUGAUGGUGGAAAACCAAUCACCCACUAUAUAGUUGAGAAGAGAGAAACCAUGACCAACAGAUGGAUGCCUGUCGAACGCAUCCUCCCUAAAACAGAAUACUGGGUUCCAGAUCUUCUCAAGGGAUGUGAAUAUGAGUUCCGCGUCAUGGCUGAGAAUGUGGUUGGUGUUGGAGACCCCAGUCCACCCUCAAAGCCUGUCUUUGCUAAAGAUCCUAUUGUGAUUCCAAGCCCACCAGUAAAUCCAAUGGCAAUUGACAACACAAAGGACUCUGUCACUCUUUCUUGGCAGCCACCAAAGGACUGUGGCAGAGGCAAAAUAUUUGGCUAUCUCCUUGAGUAUCAGAAAGCUGGAUCUGAGGAAUGGCUACAGGUUAAUCAGACUCCUGACUCUUGUCAGGAAACUACAUUCAAAGUUGUCAACCUUGAAGAUGGAGUACUGUACAGAUUCAGAGUAAAAGCUGUUAAUGCAGCUGGUGAAUCUGAGCCUGCAAAUGUUCCAGAGCCUGUACGGGCACAAGAUAGACUUGAACCCCCAGAGCUGCUGCUGGAUAUGGGCAUGCCUCGUGAGAUUAAAGCAAUGGCUGGAACACACAUUAAAAUCGUUGCUGGAAUCAAGGGUAUGCCUUUCCCCAAAAUCACAUGGAAGAAAAAUGAUGCAGAGGUACCUCCAAGAGCAGAAAUUGAAACUUCUGGAGUAAGAACCAAGCUUGAGAUGCGUUACUGUAACCGUGGAGAUUGUGGAGACUAUACCCUCAAUGCUGAAAAUCCAGCCGGAUCGAAGACAGCAACAUGCACUGUGCUUGUUCUAGACAAACCUGGGCCUAUUCAGCAUCUGAGGGUGUCUGAUGUUAGAAGUGACUCAGCUCAGCUUUCCUGGAAAGAUCCAGAAGAUAACGGUGGUACACGUAUCACUAACUUCGUGGUAGAGAAGAAGGAUACUGCUUCCACGCAGUGGGUGCCUGUCUGUUCAACAUCUAAAAAGCGAAGUCUGAUGGCCAAGCACUUGAUAGAAGGCACAGCAUAUAUGUUCCGUGUCGCUGCUGAAAAUCAAUUUGGCAGGAGUGAAUAUGUUGAGACAACCAAACCAGUUAAGGCAAUGAACCCACUGUUUCCACCUGGUCCACCAAAGGACCUGCAUCAUGUAGAUGUUGACAAAACAGAGGUGUGGCUCCAGUGGAAUUGGCCUGAUCGCACAGGAGGAAGUGACAUCACUGGCUUUUUGGUUGAGUAUCAAGAGGAGGGUGAGAGAGACUGGAUUGUCUUCAAGACUGUCAGCAUUCCUGAAUGCCAUGUGACUGGACUAGAGGAGGGCAAAACCUACAGAUUCCGUGUUAAGACAGAGAAUGCAAUUGGUCUUAGCCGGCCAGAUACCACUGUGCCAGUCCUCUGCCAAGAGAAACUUGUUCCCCCAAUUGUUGAAGUUGAUGCGAAACUGAUUGAAGGAAUUAUUGUGAAGGCAGGGAGCACGAUCAGACUGCCUGCAAUCAUGAGGGGCAUUCCAGUACCCACUGCAAAGUGGGUCAUUGACGGAGAAGAAAUUAGAACUAAAGGAAAUACCAAGAUUGACACAGACAGUUUUUCAACUGUGUUGAACAUUGCAGACUGCACAAGAAAUCACACUGGAAUUUAUAUUCUCACAGUCUCUAACCCUGCAGGAAGUAAGACUGUUUCUAUGAAUGUCACUGUACUUGAUGUCCCAGCUGCACCAAUAGGCCCUGUCAACAUCCUUGAGAUCACUCCAGAUUCCAUGGUCAUUGACUGGCGUCCUCCCAAAGACGAUGGUGGAAGUCCUGUCAUGAAUUAUAUUGUUGAAAAGAGAGAGUCUAACAAGGAAACCUGGGGCGGUGUUAGUUCUGGCAGUACUGCCACAAGGCUUAAAAUUUCUCGUUUGCAGAGUGGAGUUGAAUAUGUUGUGAGAAUCCGUGCAGAAAACAAGAUGGGAGUUGGUGCACCUCUUGAAAGUGCACCAACUGUGGCAAAGCACCAGUUUGAGCCCCCUGGCCAUCCUGGAAAACCUGCUGCAUCUGAUAUUGCUGAGGAUGCACUCACUCUUGGUUGGACAAUGCCAUUGUAUGAUGGUGGUAGUCCUAUUACUGGUUACAUUAUUGAGCGGAGACAUAAGGGAGGCAAAUGGAUUCGAGUGAAUAAGACACCUUGCAAGGAACUCAGAUUUAGAGUUCUUGGACUUUUUGAGGGUAACGACUAUGAAUUUAGGGUAUUUGCUGAAAAUACUGCUGGUUUUAGUGGACCUUCACCUAUCUCAGAUCCAGCCAAACCUUGCAGACCAAUCACAGUUCCUGGACCUCCAGUCAACCCUAAAGUUAAGGACUAUAGCUGUACCUAUGCAGACUUAGUCUGGAUAAAGCCUACAAGAGAUGGAGGGAGUCCAAUCUUGGGAUACAUUGUUGAAUGGCAGAAAGCUGGUGGUGAAUGGGAGAAAGUCAACAAAGAUGAUUUGAUUGCACAGUGUGCUUAUAGAGUCAAAGGACUGACUGAGGGCACAGAAUAUAGAUUCCGUGUUAGAGCUGUCAACAUGAUUGGAGAUGGUGAGACAAGAGAAAUCCCUGAGUCAAUUAUUGCUAAAGAUAUUCUUAUCCCCCCAGAGAUUGAGAUGGAUGUCACAUGCCGUACGCAUGUGACAGUCCGUGUAGGACAUAAUAUUAAUAUUACUGGAUAUGUGAAAGCAAGACCUGAUCCUGAGAUUACUUGGACAAAGGGAGAGAAGGUUUUAGAAAAGGACAAACGUACCACUCUAACAAAUAAUUUCCCUGUAGUGAGUAUGCACAUCAAGGAAGCAACCAGGGCAGAUCACGGAGUGUAUGUUCUUAAGGCUGUGAAUGACAGUGGUGAAGCCUCAGCCAACAUCACUGUAAAUGUACUGGAUAGACCUGGACACUGCAGGAAUCUUGUGCUGACAUAUGUGACCAAAAAUGCUUGUAUGGUGAACUGGGAUGCUCCUGAGGACAAUGGAGGCACUGAGAUUACAAAUUAUAUUGUUGAGUGUCGUGAGCCAAGCAUUAGAGCAUGGUCAAUGAUCUCUUCUGACUGCACCAACCGCAAAGUAAAGGCAAAACUCCUAGAGAAUCAUGAAUAUUUGUUCCGUGUAUCUGCAGAGAAUAAGUGUGGUCCUGGACCAGCAACAGAAACCAAGACACCUAUACUUGCAAUUGAUCCACUUCAGAAGCCUGGUGAACCAGAGAACUUUCAUGUAGCUGAUAUUGGAAAGAACUUUGUUUUCUUGAGGUGGAGAAGGCCAGAUUAUGAUGGUGGCAGCCCUAACCUAGGUUACAUUCUGGAGAGGAAAGCCAAGACUGCUGAAGAAUGGGAAUGCUUACAUGAUAAAAUACUUAAAGACACAUUCUUUAUGGUAGACAAAUGCACUGAGAACCAAACAUAUCAGUUUAGAGUUCAGGCAACAAAUGAUGGUGGGAAAAGCAACUGGGUGACGACAUCCGAAAUUCUUGUCAAAGAACAAAUUCAAAAACCAGUCCUUGACCUCAAAUUUGCUGGUACUAUAGUGGUUAAAGCUGGUGAAUCAGUCAGACUUGAGGCAGCUCUUAGAGGAAAACCACAACCUGAGGUCAAAUGGGUGAAGGACAAAGCUACAGGAGAUAACCCAAGGAUCAGCAUCGACACUGGGGCAGAUUACUCCAAGUUCCUCAUGACCAAAGCUAAACGUUCUGACACUGGAAAAUAUGUAAUAACUGCCACAAACUCAGCUGGCAGUUUUACUGCAUACGCAACUAUAAGUGUUCUGGACAUACCAGGACCUGUAAGAGACGUCAGGGUUUCUGGCAUUUCCACUGACAAAUGUAGAGUUGUGUGGGAUCCUCCAGAGGAUGAUGGUGGUUGUGAGGUUGACAGCUAUAUCCUAGAAAAAUGUGAGACUAGAAGAAUGGUUUGGUCAACUUACUCUGAUUCAGUGGUCACUAACUACUGUAACGUUACCCGCCUUGUGGAAGGUAAUGAGUACAUCUUUAGGGUAAGGGCAGAAAACAAGAUGGGAACAGGUCCUCCAAUGGAGAGCAAGCCUGUUACUGCCAAGACACAGUUCAGCAGACCUGGUCCACCUGAUCCCCCAGAGGUCACUAAAAUUGGCAAGGAUGAGAUGACUGUUAUUUGGGCCCCUCCUGAAAAUGAUGGUGGAAAAUCCAUUACUGGCUACAUUCUGGAAAGAAAGGAGAAGCGUGCUGUACGAUGGGUUGCAGUUACAAAGAGCCCUAUUUCUGAGAGGCGUAUGAAAGUAACUAACUUGAUUCCCAACCAUGAAUAUCAGUAUCGUGUUAAGGCUGAAAAUGAGGUUGGGUUGGGAGAACCAAGCAAACCCUCAAGACCUAUUGCUGCCAAAGAUCCAAUUGAGCCCCCUGGUCCUCCUGGAAGCCUGAAAGUGGUUGACAGCACAAAAACUUCAGUUACACUUGGCUGGGUCAGGCCAGUGUAUGAUGGUGGUGCCCCAAUCAUAGGAUAUUUGGUUGAGAUGAGGGAUAAGAUUGAAAUGGAAGGUGAACAAGAGAGAGAUCCAGAGGAAGGCUGGUCAAAAUGUAACACUAGUGGACAGCUUGUUCUCACUGAAUUUACAAUGCUCAAUUUGGAUGAGAGGAAGCAAUAUGAAUUCCGUGUCUCUGCACAAAAUCAAGUUGGCAUGGGCCGUCCAGCAAGACUUAAAGAUGCUGUGUCACCAAGAGAGAUUCACGAAUUACCUGAAAUUGAUCUGGAUGCCAGUUUGAGGAAGGGACUCAGUGUAAGAGCAGGAUGUCCCAUAAGGCUGUUUGCUACAAUCAGAGGAAGACCAGCACCAAAAGUGACCUGGAAACGCAUGGGAGUUGACAAUGUUGUCAGGAGAGGUCAUGUGGAUCAGAUUGAUACAAUGACCUUCCUUGUGAUCCCUGAGAGCACACGUGAAGACUCUGGAAAAUACUCUCUGACACUCUCAAACCCCUCAGGAGAGAAAGCUAUAUUUGUUCGUGUAAAGGUCUUAGAUACUCCUGGGCCUGUUGGUGGACUGGAGGCAACUGAUGUCACAAAGACAUCUUGCCAGCUCUCUUGGUUACCUCCAGAAAAUGAUGGUGGCAGUCCAAUCCUGAAUUACAUUGUUGAAAAGCGUGAAGUAGAUAGGAAGACAUGGACAAAUUGCACUAACGACUUAAAGAAGACAAGCUUCAAAAUCACAAACCUGACGCCUGGAACUGAAUACUACUUCAGGGUCAUUGCAGUAAACAAGUAUGGUAUUGGGGUACCAAAGGACUCUCCAAAAUCCUACUUGGCCACAGAUCCAAUGAGUGAACCAGAUCCUCCAAAGAAGAUGGAUGUCUUGGAGAUCUCAAAAAACAGUGCAACACUUGGCUGGGUAAAGCCUCUGCGAGAUGGCGGAGCUAAGAUAAAUGGUUACAUUGUUGAUUAUCAGGAGGCUGGCCAACCUGAAGACAAAUGGACAACUUACUCAGUUGUAAAAGACUUGAGCAUUGUUGUUGUUGGUCUGAAAGAGAACACAAAGUAUAGAUUCAGGGUUGCUGCCAGAAACUCUGUAGGAUGCAGUCUGCCAAGAGAGGCUGAAGGAAUCUUUGAAGUGAAAGAACAGCUGAUGGCACCAAAGAUUAUCAUGCCUGAUAUGGUCACUGCAAAGGCAGGAACAAAGUUCAAAGUUGAAGCGCUUGUGUAUGGCAAGCCUGUUCCGGUCACUACAUGGAAGAAAGGAAGUGAUGACCUGGUUACAUCUGAUCGUCUGUUUGUGCAAAAGACAUUAUCUUCAUCUACGCUCAUGAUUAAAGAUGUAACAAGGAAAGACAGUGGUUAUUACAGCCUAUCUGCUGAGAACAGCAUUUCUAAGGUCAACCAAAUCCUUAGAAUCAUAAUUUUAGACAUCCCUGGUCCUCCGGAAGGUCCCCUGGAAAUUCUUGAGGUAGACAUUGAUGCCUGUACCCUUGCAUGGAACUCUCCAACAGAGGACGGUGGUAGCAACAUCACUAACUACAUUGUUGAGAAAUGUGAUAUAACCAGAGGUGACUGGGUCCCUGCUGUGUCCUCUUGCACCAAGACCAGUUGUCGUGUUGUAAAGCUCACCCCUGGCAAGGAGUAUGGCUUCCGAGUGCGUGCUGAGAAUCGCUUUGGAGUUUCAGAGCCAAUCUACUCUGAGAAAAUGAUUGCCAGAUAUCCAUUUGAUCCACCCAGUGAACCAAGGAAUUGCUGUGUUAACAAAAUCAACAAGGAAUCUGUUGUUUUGUCCUGGGAGAGACCGACCAAUGAUGGUGGUAGCCCUAUUAUAGGAUACUCCAUUGAGCGUAAGGAGAGAAAUAGCAUUCUAUGGGUCAAGGCAAAUGAGACCCUUGUUCGUGCAACUGAAUACUCCUGCUCUGGCCUUAUUGAGGGUCUUGAAUAUACAUUUAGAGUGUCUGCUGUGAACAAGGCGGGACAGGGCAAACCAAGCAAACCAACAGAGAUCAUUACAGCAAGGGCCCCAGUUGAUCCACCUGGAAAACCUGAGGUCCUCGACGUAACAAGGAAUUCUGUAUCUCUUGUCUGGAACCGUCCAAAACACGAUGGUGGUAGCAAACUCAUUGGUUAUUAUGUCGAGUCUUUGAAGCUUCCCGGUGACAAAUGGAUUCGUGUCAAUGCAAGUAGUCAAAAUGUGCCAAAAGAGGACUACAUUGUCACUGGACUUGAAGAGGGAGCCCAAUACAAGUUCAGAAUCAUUGCAAAGACAGCAAUUAAUGUCAGUCUGCCUUCAGAAGAGUCUGAUGUUAUAACAGUGAUUGCAGAGCAUGUUCCACCAAGGGUUGAGAUUGGUCUAGAAAUGAAGAGCCUUAUCACAGUCAAAGCUGGAACAAAUGUCUGCCUUGAGGCUGAGGUUUAUGGCAAACCGCUACCAAAAGUGACAUGGAGGAGAGAUGGUGUGCCACUGAAACUUGUUGAAGGCAUAAAGAUGUCUCAGAAAAGACAUCUCUUCCUCUUAGAAUUGUUCUCUGUGACAAGGAAGGAGUCUGGAGAGUACACAAUUGUUGCUGAGAACCCAAGUGGCACUAAGUCUGGCAACAUUAAGCUGAAAGUAUUAGACAAACCUGGACCCCCAGCAUCAGUUAAGAUCAGCCAAGUUUUUGCUGACCGGGUUAAACUGAGAUGGGAGCCACCCCUUUCAGAUGGUGGUGCUGAAAUAACCAACUACAUUAUUGACAAACGUGAGACAAGCAGAGCUAACUGGGCUCAGGUUACUUCCAAUCUUAGUGGCCACAUCACGGACUGCUCAGUGGAGAAACUAAUUGAAGGCCAUGAAUAUGAGUUCCGCAUCAGCGCUGAGAACAAAUAUGGUGUUGGUGACCCAAUUGUCACUAACUCUGUGAUUGCCAAGAAUCCUUUUGAUGUUCCUGGACCGUGUGACCCUCCAGUUAUUACCAAUGUCACCAAAGACCAUAUGACUGUAAGCUGGAAGGCUCCUGCUGAUGAUGGCAAGGCCCCGAUCCUUGGAUACAUGGUUGAGAAGCGUGAAAUUCAGGAGGUCAAUUGGUCCAAAAUAAAUAGAAGACCUGUCAUUGAUAGAACUAUUAAAGCUGGAGGUCUCACUGAGGGUUCAGAAUAUGAGUUUAGAGUUAUUGCUCUCAACAAGGCUGGUCUUGGUAAACCAAGUGAUGCCUCUCAAGCUGCACUUGCAGUGGACCCAUUGUAUCCUCCUGGCCCACCUGCUUUUCCCAAAGUUGUUGACUCUACACAUAGCUCAGUCAGUCUAUCCUGGACCAAGCCUGCCUAUGAUGGUGGCUGUGAAAUCUUGGGCUACUUAGUUGAGGUAAAGAGAGCAGAUUCAGAGGAGUGGUUGAAAUGUAAUAUGCCAAAGAAUCUCCAGGCGACAAAGUUCCUUGUUAGUGGUCUUAUCGACAACACUGAGUAUCAAUUCCGUGUGACUGCUGUGAACAAGAUUGGCUACAGUGAGCCAAGCGAAGUUCCCGGGAAGCAUCUGGCACAGGACAUUUUAAUUGCUCCUGAGGCUGAACUUGAUGCAGAUCUUAGGAAAGCACUGGUAUUGCGUGCUGGAGUUACAAUGAGAAUCUAUGUGCCAAUCAGAGGUCGUCCUGCACCAAAAGUAGCAUGGAGCAAGGUCAAUGCUAACUUGAAGGAGAGGCAAGGUCUUACGAUCACCACAACUGAAUGGGAUACAUAUGUAUACUGUGAGGACAUCAACAGAUAUGAUGCUGGAAAAUAUGUACUAACCCUUGAGAACAGCAGUGGCACAAAGUCCUACACUAUUGUUGUCAAGGUCUUAGACACACCUGGACCACCACUCAAUCUAAUUGUCAAAGAGACAUCAAAAAAUCAUGCAUCCAUUACUUGGGAUGCUCCACAAGUUGAUGGCGGAAGUCCAGUGAAGAGCUAUGUUGUUGAAAAACGUCUAGCAGAGAGGAAGGCAUGGACCUGUGUUGCUCCUGAGUGUCCCAAAACAUCUUUCAGAAUUCCUAAUUUGGAAGCUGGAAAAGCCUACUGUUUCAGAGUCUCAGCUGAAAAUGUGUACGGUAUUGGUGAGGGCUGUGAGACAGCUGGACCAGUGAAAGCCUCAGAGCAACCUGGACCAGUUACAGACUUCAAGCCUGCACUGGUCACCAAGGAUUCCUGCACUCUUAGUUGGAAGAAGCCUGUCAGUGAUGGUGGAAGUCAUAUUGUUGCCUAUACUCUAGAGAUCAGUGAAGGUGAAGACAAAUGGAAGCAGCUCAUGAAGUCCAAGUUCCUACAAUACACAGUAAAGGACUUACAGGAAGGAAAAGAAUACUCCUUUAGAGUGAAAGCUUUCAAUGAGUCUUCUGAAGGACCCCCAGCUGAACUCACUGUGAUGGCUAAGGAUCAAGUCGUUCUGCCAGAUUGUGACCUUAAAGGCUUGCCAGACUCUUGUUAUGUGGCAAAGGAGGGAAGCACUGUUCGCCUCACAGUCCCCAUUACUGGCAUUCCUGUUCCCACAGUCAUGUGGAAGAAGAGUGGUGUUACUUUGGGAGAUAGUGGAAGAAUCUCUGUGGAAUCCACAGCAACAAACACAACUUUGCUGAUACGUGACUGUCAAAGAGGUGAUGCUGAGAAAUACUCUAUAAUUUUGAAAAACAGUGCAGGAACCAAGGAAUCCACCAUUGACAUCAAGGUGGUUGGAAAGCCUGGAAUUUGCACAGGGCCCAUCAUGUUUGAUGAAAUCACAGCUGAUGGAAUUACUUUGGAGUGGGGCCCACCCAAAGAUGAUGGUGGAUCAGAAAUUUCCAACUACAUCGUAGAAAAGAGGCAUUCUACAAGUAAUAAGUGGGCAACAGUUGCUUCAGCCAUUCAGAAGAACACCAUGAGAGUCACAAGACUCCAUGAUGGCACAGAGUAUCUAUUCAGAGUGUGUGCUGAAAACAAAUAUGGUGUAGGAGAGUUCCUCAGAUCUGAUCCAGUGGUGGCCAAACAUCCAUUCAAUGCCCCAGAGGCACCAGCUCCACCGGAGGUCCUGAGUAUUCGCCAUGAGUCUGCCAUUGUGUCAUGGUCUGAUCCAAAAGAUACCGGAGGCUCUCCUAUUACAGGAUAUCAUGUGGAAUUCAAAGACAGGAACAGUUUAUUGUGGAAGAGAGCCAGCAAAACACCUCUGAGAGUGAAGGAGUGCAGAGUGACAGGCUUAGUUGAAGGUCUUGAGUAUGAAUUCAGAGUGAUGGCUAUAAAUAUGGCUGGACUUGGAAAACCAAGCAAACCCACUGAAGCACUUGUUGCACUUGAUCCAAUUGAUCCUCCUGGCAAACCUGAUGUGAUCAGCGUUACAAGGAACAGUGUAACACUCAUUUGGACUGCACCUAAAUAUGAUGGAGGCCACAAGCUAACUGGCUACAUUGUUGAGAAACUGGAGCAUCCAGGAAAGGCGUGGAUGAAAGCAAACCAUGUCAAUAUCCAGAGCUGUGCCUUCACAGUAACAGAUUUAAUAGAAGGGUGCAUGUAUGAUUUCAGAAUUAGAGCAAAGAAUGCGGCAGGUGCUAUCAGUGCUCCCUCAGAGCAAACUGACACCCUCAUCUGCAAAGAUGAAUAUGAGCCACCUUCUAUUACAAUUGAUCCUGAAAUGAAGGAUGGUGUCACUGUCAGGGCUGGAGAAACUAUUGUGAUUACUGCUUCAAGCAUUCUUGGCAAGCCACCACCUACAGCUGUAUGGUCUAAGGGAGGAAGAGAAUUCAAGCCUUCAGAUGUUGUCCAGAUAACAAACACUCCCACGUCUUCAACUAUCUCAAUCAAAUAUGCCAGCAGAAAAAACACUGGAGAAUAUACAAUCACUGCAAGCAAUCCAUUUGGUAUUAAGGAAGAAAAAGUGAAAGUAAAAGUCCUUGAUGUACCUGGUCCACCAGGUCCUAUUGAAGCCAGCAGUGUCUCUGCUGAAAAGUGCACAUUGACAUGGUUACCACCAGAUGAAGAUGGAGGAUGCGCCAUCAAGUCAUACAUUCUUGAAAAAAGAGAAACUAGCCGCCUCCUUUGGACAAAGCUUGCAGAAAAUGUAAUGGAUUGCCGUUAUGUGGCCAGCAAAUUGAUUAAGGGCAAUGAAUACAUCUUCCGUGUUUCAGCUGUGAAUCAAUAUGGUACUGGCGAUGCAAACCAGUCUGGUCCAGUCAGAAUGGUUGAUAGUUUCGGACCCCCUGGGCCACCAUCAAAGCCUGAAAUUGAUAAUGUCAGCAGAAGCGCUGUAACCAUUUCAUGGAAGAGGCCAGUUUUGGAUGGAGGAAGCGACAUUAGAGGAUAUAGUGUUGAGAGGAAAGAGAGAAGAGGUAUGAGAUGGGUUAGAGCUUCAAAGAAGACCAUCUCUGAUCUACGUUACAAAGUAUCAGGACUCACUGAAGGAGUUGAAUACGAGUUCCGUGUAACUGCAGAGAACAAAGCUGGUUUUGGAGAACCUAGUGAGCCAUCACAACCAGUGCUUACAAAGGACAUAGCAUAUCCUCCAGGGCCUCCAUCCAAUCCAAGAAUCACUGAUACCACCAAAACGACAGCCACGUUCAACUGGGGAAGACCCUUUUAUGAUGGUGGACUCAACGUGACUGGAUACAUUGUUGAGUACAAAAAGGAGGGAGUUGAUGACUGGGUUCAAGCCACAACUUCUCUAUUGAGGAUAAAUGAGUUUGUAGUUCCAAACCUACAAGCAGGAGGGAAAUAUUAUUUCAGAGUUAGUGCAGUUAAUUCAGAGGGACGUGGGGAACCUGCUGAAGUUGACAAAGUUGUGGAACUUGUUGACCGUGAAGAGGUUCCUGACUUUGAACUUGAUGCGGAACUGAGAAGAACACUUGUUGUUCGCUCAGGUGGUUCUAUUCGUAUAUUUGUGCCAAUUAAAGGUCGUCCAACUCCAGAAGUUACAUGGAUGAAAGAAGAUGUUCCUCUUAAAGGUCGUGCCCACAUUGAUACUACUGAGUCAUACACUUUAUUAGUUGUUCCCGAGUGCACAAGGUAUGAUGCUGGCAAAUACAUUUUGAUGUUAGAAAAUGUUGCUGGAAAGAAGACGGGAUUUGUUAAUGUCAGAGUUGUGGACACACCAGGACCACCAGUCAACCUGAAGCCAAGAGAAAUCACUAAAACCAGUAUCACUCUUCAGUGGGAGAUUCCAAUUAUUGAUGGCGGAUCUAAGAUCAUAAAUUACAUCAUUGAAAAGCGUGAUGCAACCCGAAAGGCUUUCACAACGAUCACUACAAACUGCCAAAAGUGUUCCUACAAAGUUACCGAUUUAGAAGAGGGAGCUGAAUAUUAUUUCAGAGUUUCAGCCGAAAAUGAACGAGGUAUUGGUGAGGCAGCAGAGACAGCUGAGCCAAUCAGAGCUUCUCAAGCUCCAUCUGCACCAGACAAUCUAAUAGUUACUGAUGUGUCAAAGGACACAGCAACUCUUGCAUGGACCAAGCCAAAACAUGAUGGUGGUAGCAGAAUCACUGGCUAUGUGAUUGAGGCUCAGAAGAAGGAUUCUGACCAGUGGGUCCAUGUGACAACAGUAAAGGCUUUGGACUAUACCUCAACAGAUUUGACAGAAAAUGCAGAGUAUAUAUUCCGUGUCUUUGCUGUGAACAGCUCAGGCAGAAGUGAACCUCGUGAAAGCCGGCCAGUUGUAAUUAAGGAGCAGACCACACCACCAGGAUUUGAUCUCCGAGGUGUCUAUCAGAAGUUGGUAGUAGCCAAAGCAGGGGAUAAUGUGAAGGUGGAAAUCCCUGUUUUGGGUCGUCCAAGACCAUCAGUUGUCUGGAAAAAAGAUGAUCAAGAACUUAAACAGACACAGAGAAUCAACGUUGAUGACACAGCGACCUCUACAAUUCUCAACAUACGUGAAAUCAAGAGAAAGGAUGGAGGACAGUAUUCAAUGACAGGAAAGAAUAUAUUAGGAACUGUGACAGAGAUCAUUACUGUCCAAGUACAUGACAUCCCAGGACCUCCAAUGGGACCAAUAAAGAUUGAUGAAGUGUCCUGUGACUAUGUACUUAUAUCUUGGGAUGCACCAGAGAAUGAUGGAGGAGUUCCUAUCAAUAAUUAUAUAGUUGAAAUGAGAGAGACCACAGGCACCUCUUGGGUGGAGCUGGCAGCUACUGUCAUUAGGACAACAUUCAAAGCUGCACGUCUUACAACUGGAAUUGAGUAUCAGUUCCGUGUUAAAGCUCAAAAUAGAUAUGGUGUUGGCCCCUCCAUAACAUCAGAACCAGUUGUUGCUGCUUAUCCAUUUGAUGUACCAGGCCAACCAGGAAUCCCACAAGUUGUUGCCUUUACAAAAGACUCUAUUACAAUCAGUUGGAAUGAACCCUCUUCAGAUGGUGGAAGCCCAAUUUUGGGAUAUCAUAUUGAGAGGAAAGAGAAAAACAGCAUCCUUUGGCAGCGGAUCAGCAAAGCUCUUGUAGUUGGAAACAUUUUCAAAUCAUCAGGUCUCAUGGAUGCUAUUGCAUAUGAGUUCCGUGUUAUUGCUGAAAACAUGGCUGGUCUUAGCAAGCCAAGUAAGCCAUCUGAGAUGGCAUAUGCACUUGAUCCAGUUGACCCUCCCAGUCAACCAGUGGCAAUUAAUAUAACAAGACAUGAGGUUACUCUUCAGUGGAUGAGGCCAGAGGGUGAUGGUGGUUUCCCAAUCACUGGAUACACAGUGGAAAAGAGAGAACUACCCAGUGGUCGCUGGCUUAAAGCCAACUUCAGCAACAUCCUUGAGACAAACUUCACUGUAAGUGGUCUUACAGAAGAUGCUUCAUAUGAAUUCCGUGUCUUUGCAAGAAAUUCUGCUGGAUCUGUCAGUAUCCCCUCCAAACCUUCUGAGGUCAUAAUCUGCAGGGAUGAUAUUGAGGAACCAAAACUUGAUGUUGAUUCCAGCUUUAGCACUGUUGUGGUGGUUAAAGCAGGAGAUGUCUUCAAACUAGAUGCAAAUGUUACUGGAAGACCAAUCCCAUCCUUGGUAUGGACCAAAGAUGGGAAGGAGCUUGAAGAUACUGCAAAACUAGAAAUCAAAACAGCAGACUUCUACACAUGUUUGAUCAACAAAGACUCUGCACGAAGAGAUGGAGGUGCAUUUACUCUGACUGCUAGUAAUCCUGGAGGAUUUGCCAAGUUUGUAUUUAAUGUUAAAGUCCUUGACAGGCCUGGGCCUCCAGAAGGACCACUUCAUGUUACAGACAUGACAACAGAGAAAUGUAUUCUGUCAUGGUUGCCACCACUUCAAGAUGGGGGAGCAAAGAUUGAAUAUUACAUCAUUCAGAGACGUGAAACAAGCAGACUUGCAUGGACAAAUGUAGCCACAGAUUUACAAGUUAACCGCUAUAAGGUUACCAAAUUGCUGAAAGGAAAUGAAUAUAUCUUCAGAGUUAUGGCUGUGAAUAAAUAUGGAGUUGGAGAACCCCUUGAGUCUGAGCCUGCUGUUGCAACCAACCCAUAUGUACCCUCUGAUCCACCACAAGCCCCUGAAGUAACAACAAUCACAAAGGACUCUAUGGUGGUGUGCUGGGGGCACCCUGAAAGUAAUGGAGGAAGUCCCAUUAAUACUUAUAUAAUAGAAAGACGGGAUAAAACUGGUCUUCGAUGGGUCAAAUGCAACAAGAGAACUGUUACUGAUCUGCGCUUCAAAGUAUCUGGACUUACACCAGGGCAUGAAUAUGAAUUCAGGGUUCUUGCUGAGAAUGCUGCUGGUUUAAGUGCUCCAAGUCCGUCAAGUCCAUUUUAUAAGGCAUGCGACACAAUAUUCCAGCCUGGACCUCCAGGGAAUCCAAGAGUUUUGGACACAACCAAGUCAUCUAUUACUAUUGCCUGGAACAAACCAGUUUAUGAUGGUGGCUCAGACAUUACAGGGUAUAUUGUGGAAACGUGCCUACCAGAAGAAGAUGAAUGGACAAUUGUCACUCCAAGGGAAGGUCUUACAGGAACUUCAUUUACCAUAACAAAUCUAAUUGAAAACCAAGAAUAUAAAAUAAAUAUUUCUGCUUUGAACUGUGAGGGUGUUGGAGAGCCUGCAUCUGUACCUGGCUCACCAAAAGCAGAGGACAGAUAUCUUCCUCCAGAAAUUGAGCUUGAUUCAGACCUUCGCAAAGUAGUAAACAUUAGAGCUUGCAGCACUCUGAGAUUAUUUGUGCCAAUUAAAGGAAGACCUGCACCAGAAGUUAAAUGGUCUAGAGAGAAUGGUGAACCUCUUGACAGAGCAUCCAUUGAGGUAACAUCAUCAUUCACAUCACUUGUUGUUGAGAAUGUUGACAGGUUUGAUGGUGGGAAGUAUAUGCUAACAGUGGAAAACAGCUCUGGAAGCAAAACAGCAUUUGUGAAUGUGAGGGUGCUUGACACUCCAGGAGCACCACAAAACCUGACAAUUAAGGAAAUUACAAAAGACUCAGUCUCGCUAAUCUGGGAUCCUCCGAUCAUUGAUGGUGGGUCAAGAGUCAGGCACUACCUUGUAGAAAAACGUGAAUCAACAAGAAAGGCAUACUCUAUUGUAAAUGCAUCCUGCCCCAAAACAAGCUGGAGAAUUGGUGAUCUGCAAGAGGGUUGCUUGUAUUUCUUCAGAAUUUUGGCUGAAAAUGAAUAUGGUGUUGGUCUCCCUGUUGAAACUGCUGAACCUGUCAAGAUUUCUGAAAAGCCUCUUCCUCCUGGCAAAGUGACUCUUAAAGAAGUUACAGGCAGCAGUGUAACUCUGUCUUGGGAGAAGCCAGAUCAUGAUGGAGGAAGUAGGAUAACAGGAUAUAUUGUGGAAAUGCAAGGGAAAGGUAGUGACAAGUGGACUCAGGUCAUGACAGUUAAAGUAACAGAGGCAGUUAUUGCUGGUCUGACUCAAGGUGAAGAGUACUCAUUCCGUAUAUCUGCAACAAAUGAAAAAGGAAUAAGUGAUCCUCGUCCACUCAAUGUGCCUGUGGUAGCAAGGGACCUUGUUAUCACCCCUGCAUUCAAGCUUUUAUUCAGUACAUUUAGUGUGCUGGCAGGUGACGACCUCAAGAUAGAUGUACCUUAUGUUGCUCAACCUAAGGCAGCAGUCACCUGGCUCAAAGAUGGCAUUGCUCUGAAAGAGACAACAAGAGUAAAUGCUGAAGUAACCGAUAGGCAUCUAUAUCUUGUAAUCAAGGAGGCAACACGGGAUGAUGUGGGCACAUAUACUAUCAAGAUUACAAACUCAGCUGGAGAGGCCACAACUGACAUUACUGUUGUCAUACUAGACAAACCUGGUCCUCCAACUGGCCCGAUCAAAAUAGAUGAAGUAACUGCAGAGAGUGUGAUACUCUCCUGGCAACCACCAGAGUAUGAAGGCGGCUGUACAAUCAACAAUUAUAUUGUAGAAAAAAGAGACACAUCUACCACAAACUGGCAGAUUGUGUCAGCAACAGUGGCUAGAACAACAAUUAAGGCUGCAAGACUAAAGACUGGCUGUGAAUAUCAAUUCAGGAUUGCAGCUGAAAACAGAUAUGGAAAGAGCUCAUUUCUACUAUCUGAGCCUGUACUUGCACAGUAUCCAUUUGAAGUCCCAAGUGCACCAGGAACUCCCACGGUUCAGUCUGUUACCAAAGAAAGCAUGGUUGUUGUAUGGAACAAGCCUGGCAGUGAUGGCGGAAGCAAGAUUCUCGGCUACCAUCUUGAGAGUAAGGAAAGAAAUAGCCUCCUAUGGGUGAAACAAAAUAAGACAAUAAUUCCAGACUCAAGAUUCAAGGUCAGUGGUCUUGAAGAAGGCAUUGAAUAUGAGUUUAGAGUUUAUGCCGAGAAUAUUGUUGGUCUGAGCAAAGCUAGCAAAGUGUCAGAAAUCCAGGUGGCAAGAGAUCCUUGUGAUCCUCCAGGCAAACCUGAGGCAGUGAUUGUCACCAGAAGUUCUGUCACACUACGAUGGACAGCACCAGAGUUUGAUGGUGGCAGCAGGGUCACAGGCUAUGUUGUUGAGAAGAAAGAGUUGCCUAAUGGUCGCUGGAUGAAAGCUAGUUUCACUAAUAUAUUAGAAACUGAAUUUGUCGUCAGUGGCUUGGUGGAAGACCAACAAUAUGAAUUCCGUGUCAUUGCAAGGAAUGCUGCAGGGGUAUCCAGCAUUCCAUCUGACAGUACAGGUGCCAUCACAGCAAAGGAUGAAGUGGAGCCACCUUUGAUUGAUUUGGAUGCUAAAUAUUCUCAAACUAUUGUUGUUAAUGCUGGAGAAUCAUUCAAGAUUGAUGCUGGAAUAUUUGGCAAGCCCAUUCCAUCAAUUCACUGGAUUAAAGCUGGUGAAGCACUUACAAAUACAGCUAGACUGGAGAUUAAGAGUACUGACUUCACAACUUCUUUAAGUGUAAAAGAGGCUAUUCGUGUUGAUGGAGGCCAGUAUAUGCUAUUAUUGAAAAAUGUUGGUGGAGAGAAAUCUGUAAGUGUCAAUGUCAAAGUUCUAGACAGGCCUGGGCCACCAGGUGGGCCAAUUUCAAUUUAUGGGGUUACAAGUGAGAAAUGUUGCAUAGCUUGGAAAACACCCUUACAUGAUGGAGGUGCUGAGGUAUCUCAUUACAUUGUUGAGAGAAGGGAAACCAGCCGAUUAGUUUGGACUGUUGUGGAAUCUAAGGUACAAACCCUGAAUCUGAAGAUUACCAAGCUUCUUCCAGGAAAUGAGUACAUAUUCAGAGUUAUCCCUGUCAACAAAUAUGGAAUUGGUGAGCCUCUGGAAUCUGACCCAGUUAUUGCAGCAAAUCCAUUUGUCACACCUGAUGCACCUACUGGUGUUGAGGUAUCCAACAUUACAAAAGACUCAAUGGUUGUUACAUGGGAAAGACCUACUAAUGAUGGAGGUAAUGCAAUUACUGGAUAUGUAAUUGAAAAGCGGGAUAAAGAAGGUGUUAGAUGGACAAGAUGCAAUAAACGUGUGGUUAGUGAACUCCGCUUCAGAGUGGCAGGCCUUCUUGAAAAUCGCAGUUAUGAAUUCCGUGUCUCUGCUGAGAAUGCAGCAGGAGUUGGCAAGCCAAGUUCCCCCACCGUGUACUACAAGGCAGUGGAUCCAGUCUUCAGGCCAGGACCACCAAACAAUCCCAAGGUUAUUGAUAUCUCUAGGUCAUCUGUUGUACUACAAUGGGGAAAACCUAUUUAUGAUGGUGGUUGUGAGAUUCAAGGUUAUAUUGUUGAGGCCUGUGAAGGCACAUCUGAUGAAUGGACAAUGUGCACACCACCCACUGGAAUCACAGAAACAAGAUUUGAAGUUAAAAAACUGUUGGAAAAACAUGAAUACAAAUUCAGAAUUUGUGCCAUAAAUAAGGUUGGAGUUGGCGAAAAUGCUGAUAUCAAAGGAUCUAUACUCAUGGAAGAUAAACUUGAAGCACCAGAUAUUGAUCUUGAUGCUGACUUGAGAAAAAUGAUCACUGUUAGGGCUGGAGGAUCCCUUAGAUUAUUUGUUCCCAUCAGAGGCCGACCCGCUCCUGAGGUCAAAUGGGGAAAAGCUGAAGGAGAAAUUAAUGAGACAGCACAAAUUGAUAUCACAAGCAGCUAUACCUCUCUUGUAAUUGAAAACAUCAACAGAUUUGACAGUGGUAAAUACACUUUGUCUUUGGAAAAUUCAAGUGGAACAAAGUCUGCAUUUAUUAGUGUCAGAGUACUUGACACUCCUGAUGCACCAGCAAACUUCCAUGUGAAGGAAAUAACAAAGAAUUCAGUUACCUUGACAUGGGAGCCACCUUUGCUGGAUGGUGGAGCUAAGAUAAAAAAUUAUAUUAUUGAGAAGCGCGAGAGCACAAGAAAGGUAUACUCUGCUGUGGCUUCCUGCAACAAAAUGACAUACAAGAUUGAACAACUUGAAGAGGGACGCAACUACUUCUUCAGAGUUCUUGCUGAAAAUGAACAUGGUAUUGGUUUACCUGCUGAGACCCCAGAACCACUGAAAAUCUCAGAAGUACCACAACCACCAGGAAAAAUCACUGUAGUGGAUGUUACACGCAAGAGCAUAUCUUUGUCUUGGGAAAAACCAGAACAUGAUGGAGGCAGCCGAAUCACCCACUAUGAAGUUGAGAUGCAAGCAAAGGGCAUUGAAAAAUGGUCUUUAUGUGCACAAGUUAAAUCACUUGACACCACUGUUACCAAUUUAGUCCAAGGUGAAGAGUACAGUUUCAGAGUCAUUGCAGUUAAUGACAAAGGAAAGAGUGAUCCUAGAUUUCUAGCACAUCCUGUCACUGCAAAGGACCUUGUAAUUGAUCCAUCUGUGAGGACAAAACUUAGUACCUACAGUGUACAAGUUGGCCAUGACUUGAAAAUUGAGGCCCGUAUCACUGGUCAUCCAAAACCAACUAUUUCAUGGACUAAAGAUGGUACAGCUCUGAAACAGACCACAAGAGUUAAUGUUGCAGACACUGCACACCACACAACUCUGUCUAUUAAAGAUGCAACAAGAGAGGAUGGUGGCAUGUACAACAUUACAGUGGCCAAUAUACUUGGACAAAAAGAAGCCACUGUUGAAGUCAUCAUACUUGAAAAACCUGGUCCACCAACAGGUCCAGUCAGGAUAGAUGAAAUAAGCGCAGAAAGUAUUACAUUGUCAUGGGAUCCUCCAACGUACACUGGAGGUUGUCAGAUAUCAAAUUAUAUUGUACAAAAGAGAGAUACUACUACAACCAACUGGGUAGUUGUUUCAGCUACAGUGGCAAGGACUACACUUAAAGUUGGAAAUUUGAAAACUGGAGCUGAGUACCAGUUCAGGAUCUUUGCUGAGAACAGAUAUGGCAAAAGCUACGCAAUAGACUCAGAACCAGUUGUUGCUCAGUACCCUUUCAAAGAGCCAGGUCCCCCUGGAACUCCAUUUGUGUCAGCAUUCACAAAAGAGUCUAUGGUUGUUGAGUGGCACAAACCAGUUUCAGAUGGUGGCAGUGCUAUUCUUGGAUAUCAUCUUGAGAGAAAAGAAAAGAACAGUAUUCUGUGGACAAAGAUAAACAAAACACUUAUUCAAGACACUAGAUUUAAAACAUCACCACUGGAGGAAGGUAUAGAAUAUGAGUUCAAAGUCUCUGCUGAAAAUAUUGUUGGAAUUGGCAAAUGCAGCAAAGUUUCUGAGGGUUGUGUGGCACGUGACCCAUGUGAUCCUCCUGGUACUCCUGUGCCAGUAAUUGUGACAAGACACUCAGUGAUGCUCAGAUGGACACCACCAGAAUAUGAUGGAGGCAGUCUGGUCACUGGGUAUGUUGUGGAGAAGAGAGACCUACCAAAUGGCCGCUGGAUGAAAGCAAGCUUCACAAAUAUUCUUGAAACUGAAUUUACAGUCACAGGUCUGACAGAAGACUCAAAGUAUGACUUCAGAGUGAUUGCCAGAAAUGGUGCUGGAUCAGUCAGCAAGCCUUCUGAAUGCACUGGGCCAAUCACAGCUAAGGAUGAAGUUCAGCCACCAACUUGUGAGGUUGACUCACAGUACAGCCAAAUAAUCACUGUAAAUGCUGGAGACACAUUUACACUGGAGGCUUCUGUACUGGGAAAGCCAGUUCCAACAAUGCAGUGGUUCAAAGGUGAUGUGGAAGUUGAAACAUCAGCAAGAGCAGAGACCAAGAACACUAAUUUCAAAGCCAUCCUUGUUGUUAAAGAUGCCAUUAGAAUUGAUGGAGGGCAGUACACUUUGCACCUUACUAAUGUUGGUGGAACUAAAUCUGUGCCAUUCAAUAUAAGAGUGCUCGAUAGACCUGGGCCCCCAGAUGGUCCUUUAACAGUCUCUAAUGUUACAAGUGAGAAAUGCUCAUUAUCAUGGCUUCCUCCUAGACAUGAUGGUGGUAGCAGUGUUUCUCAUUACGUCAUUCAGAAAAGAGAAACAAGUCGUCUUGCUUGGACUGUAGUGUCUAGCGAUUGUGGAGCAACUAUGUUCAAGGUCACUAAGCUUCUUAAAGGAAAUGAGUACAUCUUCCGUGUCAUGGCUGUCAACAAAUAUGGUGUUGGUGAACCUUUGGAGUCUGUCCCAGUAAUUAUGAGGAAUCCAUUUGUUCCUCCUGGAGCUCCUAAAGAACUAGAAAUAACAAAUAUUUCAAGGGAUUCCAUGACGGUGUGCUGGACUCGCCCUGAGACUGAUGGUGGAAGUGAGAUUGGUGGUUACAUUGUAGAGAAGAGAGACAGAGCUGGUGUGAGAUGGACAAAAUGUAACAAACGCAGAGUCACAGACCUUCGUUUCAGAGUUACAGGCCUCACAGAGGAUCAUGAAUAUGAAUUCAGAGUAUCUUCAGAAAACGCUGCUGGAGUUGGACAACCAAGUCCACCAACUGUGUAUUACAAAGCAUGUGAUCCCACAUUUAAACCUGGUCCACCAACUAAUGCACACCUUGUUGACACCACAAAGAACUCAGUGACUAUUGAAUGGAGUAGACCAAUUUAUGAUGGUGGUUUAGACAUCCAGGGCUAUGUUGUAGAGAUCUGCAAAGCUGAUGAAGAGGAAUGGCUAACAUGUACUCCACCUACUGGGUUGAAUGAUACUAAAUUCACAAUAACCAAACUAACAGAACACCAAGAGUAUAAGGUUCAGAUAUGUGCUCUGAAUAAACUGGGUGUUGGUGAGCCAAUUACUAUCCCAGGCACAGUGAAGCCAGUCGAUAAAAUGGAUCCUCCUGAAAUUGAACUUGAUUCUGAAUUAAGAAAGGGCAUUGUGGUUCGUGCUGGAGGAUCUAUGAGAAUCAGUAUACCUUUUAAGGGCCGUCCCACUCCAGAGAUAAACUGGACAAAGGAUGAUGGUGAUCUACCAAGUAAAGCACAAAUUGAAAAGGGUUUGGAUUACACCCAGCUCUCAAUUGACAUCUGUGACAGGAAUGAUGCUGGAAAAUAUACGCUGAAUCUAGAGAAUAGCAGUGGUACCAAGUCAGCAUUUGUUUCAGUGAAAGUGCUGGAUACACCAGGUGCUCCACUAAACCUAAUUGUGAAAGAUAUCACAAGAAAUUAUGUCACUCUUGUUUGGGAGCCACCACUUAUUGAUGGUGGUGCAAAGAUAAAGAACUACAUUGUGGACAAGCGUGAAUCAACUCGGCCAGCCUUCUCUAACAUUACCACAAAAUGCACAAAGACUAGCUUGCGUGUUGGUGAUCUCACUGAAGGUGGCAUUUAUUACUUCAGAGUCAUGGCAGAGAAUGAGUUUGGAGUUGGUCUGUCUGUAGAAACAGAAGAAUCUGUAAAGACUGCAGAUCCUCCUCUAUCUGUGGGAAAGGUAACUUUAACUGAUGUGACUAAAACCACUGCUUCACUGUCAUGGGAGAAACCAGAUCAUGAUGGGGGUAGUAGGAUCCUAGGAUAUUAUAUUGAAAUGCAGCCCAAAGGAUCAGAAGACUGGGUAGUAGCAACGACUACGAAAACAUGUGAGGGUACAGUUACAGGACUCAGUGCUGGUAGAGAAUAUCUUUUCAGGGUUUCAGCCUUUAAUGAUAAAGGAAAAAGUGAUCCAAGGCCACUGGCUGCUCCAGUCACAGCCAAAGAUAUUACAAUUGAACCAACCCUCAAAAUGACUGUCAAUACAUACAGUGUCCAAUGUGGUGAGGACCUCAAAAUAGAAAUUCCAGUAAAAGGUCGUCCCGCACCAAAGGUUACAUGGACUAAGGAUGGACAAGCACUAAAAGAAACAACUAGACUAAAUGUCUCAUGCACUGCAGCAUCCACAGUUCUUAGCAUCAAAGAUGCUAAUAGAGAGGAUUCUGGCAAAUAUACAAUAACAGCUACAAACAGUGUAGGCACAGUCUCAGAGGAAAUUGGCAUAAUCAUCCUAGACAAACCAGGUCCACCGGUUGGGCCAGUUAAAAUUGAGGAAGUAAGUGCCAACUAUGUUGUCAUUUCCUGGGAGCCUCCUAUAUACACUGGUGGUUGUCAGAUAAACAACUAUAUUGUGGAAAAACGUGACACCACUACCACAGCCUGGCAGAUUGUUUCUGCAACCAUUGCACGUACAACAAUCAAAAUAUCUAAGCUGAAAACUGGUUCAGAAUAUCAGUUUAGAGUAUUUGCGGAAAAUAGAUAUGGAAAGAGCUCAUCAUUAGACUCGGCACCUGUCAUUGUUAGUUAUCCUUUCAGUGAACCUGGAGCACCUGGUAUGCCAUUUGUGUCCUCUGUAACAAAAGAUCAUAUGGUUAUUGAAUGGAAGCCACCUAGCAAUAACGGAGGCAGUCCUGUUAUUGGUUAUCAUCUUGAGCGCAAAGAGAAGAACAGCAUUUUGUGGACAAAACUUAACAAGCUUUUGAUUGCUGACACUCGAUUCAAAACAAAUGGUCUUGAGGAAGGCAUUGAGUAUGAAUAUAGAGUGUAUGCUGAAAAUAUUGCAGGAAUAAGUCCACCUAGCAAAGUUUCAGAAAGUGUUGUUGCACGUGAUCCAUGUGACCCCCCUGGAACCCCUGAAGCUAUUGUUAUCACAAGGAAUCUUGUCACACUUCAGUGGGAAAAGCCACAAUAUGACGGAGGCAGUGCAAUCACAGGUUAUAUUGUUGAGAGGAAGAAGCUACCUGAUGGCCGUUGGAUGAAGGCCAGUUUCACUAAUAUAAUUGAUACACAAUUUACAAUCACAGAAUUAACAGAAGGAGACAGAUAUGAAUUCAGAGUAAUUGCAAGAAAUGCAGCUGGUGUUUUAAGUGAACCUUCUGAAAGCACUGGGCCAAUUACUGCACAGGAUGAGAUUGAAGCCCCCUCAGUCUCCAUGGAUUCAAAAUUCAAGGAUGUCAUAAUUGUGAAUGCUGGUGACACGUUCACAAUUGAUGCUGACAUUGCAGGAAAACCACUCCCUGACAUCAUGUGGCUAAAAGAUGGAAAAGAAAUUGACAGUGCUACUCCAAGAAUGGAAAUUAAAUCCACUAUUACACAUACUGUUCUAACUGUUAAAGAUUGCAUAAGAGUAGAUGGUGGACAUUUUGUCCUAAGUCUCAGCAAUGUAGGUGGAACAAAACUAGUGCCUGUAAAUGUCAAAGUGCUGGAUAGGCCUGGUCCACCAGAUGGGCCUCUGAAGGUAACUGGUGUCAGAGCAGAGAAAUGCUAUUUACACUGGAGCCAUCCAACACAUGAUGGUGGAGCUGGUAUAUCUCAUUACAUCAUUGAAAAGAGGGAAACCAGCAGACUGUCUUGGACUAUGGUAGAACCCAAAAUUCAAGCUAUCAGUUACAAAGUCACUAAACUCUUACCAGGUAAUGAGUACAUCUUUAGAGUCAUGGCAGUGAACAAGUAUGGUAUUGGCGAACCACUUGAAUCUGAUCCAGUCAUUGCAAAAAAUCCUUUCAAGACACCUGGUCCUCCUUCAACACCAGAAGCAAGUGCAAUCACUAGAGACUCAAUGGUCCUUACAUGGGAACGACCAGAGGAUGAUGGUGGCUCACAAAUUGAGAGCUAUAUCUUGGAGAAGCGUGAUAAAGAGGGUGUCCGAUGGACAAAGUGUAACAGGAAAAGACUAACUGAUCUGCGUUUUAGAGCCACUGGAUUAGCGGAAGGACACUCUUAUGAGUUCAGAGUAUCUGCUGAAAAUGCUGCAGGUGUUGGCACGCCAAGUGAACCAUCUGAAUUUUACAAAGCCUGUGAUGCAACCUAUCCACCUGGCCCUCCAAGCAAUCCCAAAGUGACAGACUAUUCAAGCACAACUGUUUCGCUUGCAUGGAGUAGGCCCAUUUAUGAUGGUGGCGCACCAAUCUCAGGAUAUAUUGUUGAGAUGAAAGAAGCCAGUGAUGAUGAAUGGAUCGUGUGUACACCACCUACUGGUGUACAAACAACACACUACACAGUGAAAAAACUGAAGGAAAAUGCAGAAUACAACUUCCGUUUAUGUGCAGUUAAUAUUGAAGGUGCUGGAGAUCAUGUUGAUGUUCAAGGUUCUGUUGUCGCUGCCGAGAAACUUGAGGCCCCUGAGGUAGAGUUAGAUGCUGAUCUGAGGAAAAUUGUGACUGUUCGGGCAAGUGCAACACUGCGCUUGUUUGUCACCAUCAGAGGAAGACCUGAACCUGAAGUUAAAUGGACAAAGGCAGAAGGUCCCCUAACAGAGCGUGCCCAAAUUGAAAUCACAAGCUCUUACACCAUGCUCGUCAUUGACAACGUUGACAGAUUUGAUACUGGUAAAUAUGUUGUGACGCUUGAAAACAACAGUGGCACCAAAUCUGCAUUUGUUAAUGUCAGAGUCUUGGACUCUCCAAGUGCUCCAGUAAACUUUGUUGUUAAAGAUAUCAAGAGAGAUUCAGUCCAACUACAGUGGGAACCACCACAUAUUGAUGGGGGAGCCAAGAUUACUCAUUAUAUUGUAGAGAAACGUGAAUCUAAAAGAAUGGCAUUUACAACUGUGACAAACAGUUGUGUCAGGAAUUCAUUCAGGGUUGAUGAUCUCCAAGAGGGAGGUGUUUAUUACUUCCGUGUACUAGCUGUGAAUGAACUUGGUGUUGGCUUGCCUGCAACUACCACUGAGCCAGUCAAAGUUUCUCAAGCACCUUUACCACCUGGUAAGGUUACACUUGUAGAUGUAACUCGCCAUAGUGCAAGCCUCUCAUGGGAAAAGCCAGACCAUGAUGGUGGUAGCAAAAUAACAGGCUAUAUUGUAGAGAUGUUGACUAAAGGAUCGGAAAAAUGGACUGUAUGUGCUACAGUUAAAGCACUGGAAGCCACAAUUGAAGGACUUACAUCAGGAGAGGAAUAUUUAUUCAGAAUUACAGCCAUUAAUGACAAAGGAAAGAGUGAUCCUAAACCCCUGGUAGCACCUGUUGUGGCCAAAGACAUCACUAUUGAACCGAUUAUUGACUUGUUAUUUAACGCUUACAGUGUUAAGGCUGGAGAUGAUCUCAAAAUUGAUGUUCCAUUUAGAGGCAGGCCACAUCCAGAAGUGACAUGGAAGAAAGAUGGCCACUCAUUGAAGCAAACAACCAGAGUAAAUGUUUUGACAUCUAAAACAUCCUCUAAGAUUAUCAUUAAGGAUGCAACAAGGGACGAUGCCGGAAAAUAUGAGAUCACGCUGACUAACUCAAUUGGUAUUAAAUCAGCUGAAAUAACAGUUAUUGUUCUUGACAAACCAGGCCCACCAAGUGCAAUCAGAGUAGAUGAAGUAAGUGCUGAUUACAUAUCAUUAUCAUGGGAUCCUCCGGUUUACGAUGGUGGUUGUCAAAUCAACAACUAUGUUGUUGAGAAGCGAGAUACAACCACUACAGCAUGGCAAAUUGUUUCAGCUACAGUGGCAAGGACAUCAAUUAAAGUAUCUCGUUUGACACAGGGAACGGAAUAUCAGUUCCGUAUUGCUGCUGAAAAUCGUUAUGGCAAAAGCCAUGCUGUUGACUCUGCCCCAAUAGUUGCACAGUACCCCUUCACACCACCUGGCCCUCCAGCUGAUCUUCAAGUUGCUCAUGCCACCAAGUCAGGCAUGUUGGUUACAUGGAAACGACCAGCCAGUGAUGGUGGAAGUCCAGUCAUGGGAUAUCAUUUGGAAUGCAAAGAACAGAGUAGCAUUCUCUGGACAAAGAUCACUAGGGGUCUUGUUGCUGAUACUCAGUUCAAGGUAACUGGACUUGAAGAGGGUAUCCUCUAUCAAUAUAGAGUGUAUGCAGAGAAUAUUGCAGGCAUUGGACCUUGCACAAAAGCCUGUGAGCCUGUUGCUGCAAGAGAUCCAUGUGAUCCUCCAGGUCAGCCAGUUGUUGUGAACAUAACAAGAACCUCUGUUUCUCUCUCCUGGACAAAACCUGAAAAUGAUGGUGGAGCCAAGGUGACUGGUUAUAUUGUUGAGCGUAAAGAACUUCCAGAUGGACGUUGGUUGAAGUGCAAUUUCACCAAUCUCCAAGAAACAUAUUUUGAUGUCACAGGACUAACUGAAGAUCAGAGAUAUGAUUUCCGUGUGAUUGCAAAGAAUGCCGCAGGUUUACUCAGUGAGCCAUCAGAGGGUACAGGCCCUGUUACAGUAAAAGAUGAUGUGGAUCCACCCCGUAUCACAAUUGAAGAUAAACUCAGACAGCUUGUUGUAGUCAAAGCAGGAGAUAUACUAAGAAUUGAUGCUGAAAUUUCUGGCCGUCCAAUUCCGGUGAUUUCAUGGUCAAAGGAUGGAAAAGAAAUUGAAGCAAAAGCAAGAGUUGAAAUUUCUUCAACACUUACGUCUAGCACACUGAUUGUCAGAGACAGCAUUAGAAGAGACUCUGGACAGUAUGUUCUCACAUUACAGAAUGUUGCUGGGACCAGAUCUUUAGCUGUGAACUGUAAAGUCCUCGACAGACCUGGUCCAUCAUCUGGACCACUGGAAGUUACUGGCUUGACAGCAGAAAAAUGCACAUUAACUUGGGGACCACCCCAAGAAAAUGGUGGUGCUGACAUUCAGCACUACAUUGUUGAAAAACGUGAGACGAGCCGUCUUGCUUGGACCUUGGUCUAUGCAGACAUGAAGGCCACAACAUGCAAAGUCACAAAACUGCUUAAGGGCAAUGAAUACAUUUUCAGGGUUCGGGGAGUGAAUAAAUAUGGAACAGGUGAAGCUCUGGAGAGUGAUGCCGUUAAGGCAAUGGAUCCAUUCACAGUACCUGCUGCACCAACAAAUGUUGAAGUUACUAGUGUAACAAGUGAAGCAAUGACAAUCUGCUGGGAACGACCUAUCUCUGACGGCGGCAGUAGUAUUAGUGGCUAUGUAAUUGAAAAACGUGAAAAAUCAGGUCUCCGUUGGGUUCGUGUGAACAAAAGGCCUGUUUAUGACCUAAGAGUCAAAGCUUCCAAUCUCCGUGAAGGAUGUGAAUAUGAGUACCGUGUCUAUGCUGAGAAUGCUGCAGGUUUAAGUGCACCAAGUGUGCCUUGCCCUUUGACAAAGGCAGAAGAUCCAUUGUUCUUGCCAUCACCACCAGCUAAACCGAAGAUAAUUGAUUCCACCAAAACCACAAUAACACUUGCUUGGAACAAACCAUUGUUUGAUGGUGGUUCUCCAGUCACAGGAUACUCUGUUGAAUACAGGAAAACCAAUGAUGAGGACUGGAUUGUUGGAGUCAGACACACUAAGAACACUGAGUUCACUGUUGUAGGGCUGACAUCAGGAGCAGAAUAUGUCUUUGUGGUUAGAUCAAUCAACAAAAUUGGUCCAAGUGAGCCAAGUCCAGAAACUGAUCCCCAAAUAGCAAAAGACAGAGAAGAAGAGCCUGUUUUCCUGAUCAGUAAUGAAAUGAGAAAGACAUUGAUUGUCAAAGAUGGUAGCUCAUUUACUUUAAGAGUCCCAUUUAAGGGGAAGCCUGUGCCACAUGUAAUGUGGAAUAAACCUGAUGUUGAUCUGAGAGUUAGGGCAGCAAUUGAUACAACUGAUACUUGCACAUCUAUCACAGUUGAGCAAGCUACAAGAAAUGAUUCAGGCAGAUACAAUGUGACUCUUCAAAAUGUUGCUGGAACAGCUACGCUGUCAUUGAAUGUCAAAGUGCUUGAUUCACCUGGACCACCUGCCAGCAUUGCAGUUAAGGAAGUGACCAAAAACUCUGCAACUGUUACAUGGGACACACCAGAAAAUGAAGGUGGUGCUCCUGUCAAGAACUACCUUGUAGAUCUACGCGAGGCAAGCAAAAAGGGAUGGACAAGGGUUACAGAUAGUUGUCCUCGGCUUACCUUCAAGAUAACUGACCUUCAAGAGGGAGGUGUUUAUUAUUUCAGAGUCACUGGCGAAAAUGAAUAUGGAAUUGGAGUACCACUUGAAACGAAAGAGGGAACUAAGAUUACAGAAAAACCAAGUCCACCAGGAAAGCUUGGAGUAACUGAUGUCACAAAAGACAGCGUCGCCCUUGCUUGGAGUAAACCUGAGCAUGAUGGUGGCAGCAGGAUUACCAAUUACCAGGUUGAUGCUCUAGAAAAAGGACAACAGAAGUGGAUAAAGUGUGGUGUGACUAAAACAACUCAUUUUGUUGUCUAUGGCUUGAGAGAGAAUGCUGAGUACUUCUUCAGAGUUCGUGCUGAAAACCAUGCCGGGUUUAGUGACCCUAAAGACAUGGUUAUGCCAGUGCUUGUUAAAGAUCAGUUAGAGGCACCUGAGAUUAACAUGAAGGACUUCCAGCACAAUACUGUCUAUGUAAAGGCUGGUUCAAAUCUCAAGGUUGAGAUCCCUCUUACUGGUAAACCACUACCAAAGGUUUCUUUGUCAAAGGAUGAUCAUGUUCUGAGAUCAACCAUGAGGUUCAACUCUGAAGUAACUCCUGAGUGUCUUGUCAUCACUCUGCGUGAGAGUGUUGCUCAUGAUGCAGGCAGAUAUGACAUUACAGCCUCCAACUCAAGUGGAACCACCAGGUCCUUCUUAAAUAUUGUAGUUCUGGAUAGACCAAGUCCACCUGUUGGCCCGGUUGAGAUGUAUGAUGUCACAGAGGACAGUGUAAGUCUGAAAUGGCUCCCUCCUACAUAUGAUGGCGGUAGCCCAAUCACCAACUACAUUGUUCUAAAACGUGAAACAACUACUGCAAACUGGGUUGAAGUUUCAUCUGCAGUUGCAAGAUGCACAAUCAAGAUUAUGAAACUGACUACUGGAAUUGAGUAUCAAUUCAGAAUCAAGGCAGAAAAUCGCUUUGGUAUCAGUGACCAUAUUGAUUCUCCACCUGUCACAGUCAGUCUCCCAUAUACAAUUCCUGAGGCACCUUCAACACCAUGGGUAUCUGCUGUCACUAGAGAAAGUAUUACUGUUAACUGGAAAGAACCCUCUUCUGAUGGUGGAAGCCAUGUAUUUGGAUACCACCUUCAAAUGAAGGACAAAAACAGCAUACUGUGGAUAAAGGUGAACAAAACCGUCAUUCGUGCUACGCAUUUCAAAGUGACAAACAUCAGUCCUGGCCUGAUCUAUGAGUUCAAGGUUGCAGCAGAAAAUGCAGCUGGCAUUGGUCCAGUAAGCAAGAUCUCAGAAGCUGUGCUGGCAAUUGAUGCCUGUGAACCUCCAACUGAUAUCCGUGUCACCGAUGUCACAAAGAAUUCCAUCAGCCUUGCCUGGCAGAAACCCUCAUAUGAUGGCGGAAGCAAGGUGACUGGGUACAUAAUUGAGAAGAAAGAUGGUCCAAAAGGAAAAUGGUCAAAAGCUAACUUGACAAAGGUUUCUGACACCAAGUUCACCAUAUCAGGUCUGACUCAAGAUGAAACUUAUGAAUUUAGAGUCUUGGCAAAGAAUGCAGUUGGUUCUGUCAGUAACCCUUCAGCUACUGUUGGACCAGUAACCUGUGUGGACACAUUCGGUGCCCCUGAGAUUGAACUUCCUCAGGAAUAUCAUGAUGUUGUUAAGUACAAAGCAGGAGCAACAGUUCAACUUAAAGUUGGUAUCAUUGCUAAACCUCAACCAACAAUUGAAUGGUUUAAAGAUGGAAAAGAGCUUGAAUCUGGAGCUCAGACCAUGAUUUCGAGCACCACUGAUUCUGCAAGUAUCUUGAUCAAGGAUGCCACACGUUUGAACACUGGAACAUAUGAACUCAAGAUAAAGAAUUCUUUGGGCUCAGCAUAUGCUGCCAUCAGAGUCCUUAUCCAAGACAAACCAGGUCCCCCUGCAGGAGAGAUUCAGUUCAAGAAAAUCACUGCAGACACUAUUACAAUCAUGUGGGAUCCUCCAGCUGAUGAGGGUGGUGCAAUGGUCACCCAUUACAUUGUGGAGAAACGUGAAAGUAGCAGAAUCAUGUGGUCCAUAAUCUCUGAGAAACUGGAGGACUGCAUUGUCUCUGUUCCAAGGCUGAUCAAAGGCAAUGAGUACAUCUUCCGUGUUCGUGGAGUGAACAAAUAUGGAAUUGGAGAUCCUUUAGAAUCUGAGCCUGUCAUUGCACAGAACUUCUUUGUACCUCCCAGCCGACCCUCCAAACCUCAAGUUACCAUGAUUACCAGAUCAACAAUGACUGUGAUAUGGGAAAGGCCAAGCAUGGAUGGAGGCAGUGAUAUUGAUGGAUAUUAUUUGGAGAAACGAGAAAAGAAGAGUCUUCAGUGGUUCAAGGUCAUCAAAGAUCCAAUUCGUGAUACUAGGCAGAAAGUUAGCAAUCUCACAGAGGGGAAUGAAUAUCAGUAUCGUGUGUGUGCAAUUAACAAAGCUGGAGCAGGUCAAUACUCUGAUGCAUCCAUCUUCUAUAAAGCAUAUGAUCCCAUCGACCCACCAAGCGAGCCAACAAAACUUAAAGUUGUUGACUCAACCAAGACAUCAAUUACCCUUGGAUGGGUGAAGCCUGUCUACGAUGGCGGCAGUGAAAUCACAAGCUAUGUAGUUGAGCAAAUGAAGGCUGAUGAAAAAGAAUGGGUUACUAUUAGCUCUAAGGGUGAAGUAAGAACCACUGAGUAUGUGGUGUCACAUCUGAAACCAGGGGUGUACUACUUUUUCCGUGUAUCUGCUGUUAACUGUGCUGGAGUUGGGCGUCCAAUUGAAAUGAUUCAACCAGUGCAAGCCAAAGAUAUUCUAGAGGAGGCUGAUAUUGAUCUUGAUAUUUCAAUGUCAACUCAGUAUACAGCAAAGGCGGGAAGGGAUGUGGAGAUCAUAAUACCUCUCAAAGGCAGACCUGCACCAAAUGUGACAUGGAGAAGGGGAGACAGAAAUAUUGGUGGCGAUGCAAAAUAUACUAUUAAUAAUACAGAAUAUUCAACAACACUUAUCAUUCCAAAGGUCACUCGGGAUGAUUCAGGCAAAUAUCUUCUAGAAAUUGAAAAUGGAGUUGGCGAGCCAAAGACAGUUACUAUAUCUGUGAAGGUGUUAGACUCACCUUCUGCUUGCAGUAAGUUGGUAGUGAAAAAUGUCACGCGUGGUAAACUCACUCUGAGCUGGGAACCUCCCCAUAUUGAUGGUGGCUCUCCUAUUACCAAUUAUAUAGUUGAAAAGAAGGAUGCUAAACUGAAGGCUUACUCCAUAAUGACAACAGAAUGUGCCAACACAUCAUACAAGGUUGAAGGCCUGUCUGAAGAGAUUGCUUAUUUCUUCCGUGUAUCUGCCCAAAAUGAAAAUGGCGUUGGUGACACUUGUGAGACCACAGAACCUGUUAGAGCAACUGAGACUCCUGGUCCUGUAAAGAACCUUGUCAUGGAAGAUUCAUCUAAUACAUCAGUAACUUUAGCGUGGACAAAGCCUGACCAUGAUGGUGGCAGCCAUAUUUCUGAGUAUAUCAUUGAAAAGAAAGCCAAAGACGAGGAGACAUGGACCCUUGGUGGUACAUGCAGACGCUGCAAGUUUGAAGUAACGCAUCUUAAGGAAAACUCUGAAGUUUUCUUCAAAGUAUAUGCCAAGAAUGAGAAGGGUCGCAGUGACUUCUCUCAAAUUGGACCCAUUACUGUGAAGGACUUCCUUAUCCCACCAGAGGCUAACCUUAUAGACUAUCCCAAUGGUGAAUUAAGUGUCCGUAUUGGACAAAAUAUAAAUAUUGAAUUACCAUACAAGGGUAAACCCAAACCAACUGUUCAGUGGAUGAAAGACGAUGUUCCACUGAAGGAAAGUGAACAGGUUCGUUUCAGACAAACAGAGAACAAAGCUACUAUGAUUGUGAGAAAUGCAAGAAAGGAGAAUGCAGGCAAAUACACUUUGGUCCUUGACAACAGACUUGUCAAGAACUUCUUUGACAUCAGGGUUAUCACUCUUGGGGCACCCUCUGCACCAGUAGGCCCCAUCCAAUUUGAUGAAAUCAAAGCCCAGAGCAUCAUUAUCUCAUGGCGUGAGCCACAGGAAGAUGGUGGGGGAGAAAUCACUUGCUACAGUGUGGAAAAACGAGAAACCUCUCAGGCAGCCUGGAAAAUCGUUUGUUCAAGUGUGGUAAGGACCACAUUUAAGAUACCUAACCUGGUUAAGGGGACUGAGUACCAAUUCAGAGUGCGUGCAGAGAACAAAUAUGGAGUAAGCGAACCGCUCACCUCAUCAGAUGUUGUUGCCCAACACCAGUAUAAGCCACCAGGCCCCCCAGGAAAGCCUGUUGUAUUUAAUGUAACAAGUGAUGGCAUGACUGUGUCAUGGGAUGCCCCCAGCUUUGAUGGUGGCUCUCCAGUUACUGGAUAUCAUCUUGAGAAGAAAGACAGGAAUAGCCUUCUGUGGACCAAAGUGAAUUCUAAUGUUAUAUCUGGAAGAGAGUACAGAGUAAUUGGUCUCAUUGAAGGCCUGGAGUAUUCAUUCAGAGUGUAUGCUCAGAACAAUGCCGGAAUGAGUCCAGUCAGUGAGCAAAGCAAGCACAAACUUGCUAUUUCUCCUGUUGACCCUCCUGGCACGCCUAACUGCAUUGAUGUUACAAGAGAUUCCGUCACACUUCAGUGGGAACCACCUAAACGUGAUGGAGGCAGUAAGAUUGUGGCAUACAGUGUUGAGAGACGCCAAGGAAGAGCACGCUGGCUGAGAUGCAAUUUUAUUGAUAUCAGUGAAUGCCAGUUCACAGUGACAGGCCUUGCUUGUGGUGACCGCUUUGAAUUCAGGGUAAUUGCCAGGAAUGCUGUUGGAACUGUCAGUCCACCUUCACAGUCAUCUGGCUACAUAAUGACCAAGGAUGAAAGUGUAAUUCCUGAGAUUCAGUUCAGUGCUGAAAAGACUCUGACAAUCAAGGCUGGAGAAAACAUCAAACUGAGUUGCACUAUUAGUGGUCGUCCCGUACCUCAAGUUAUAUGGUAUAAGGAUGGAAAAGAACUUGACAAAAUGCUUGUUGAUAUCACAACCAUGAUUGGAUCAAGCUCACUGUUCAUUAGAGAUGCUGAUCGUGACAAUCGUGGAAUCUACACUGUUGAAGCCAAGAAUAGCUCUGGAACAAAGAAAGAGGAUGUUCUUGUCAGAGUGCAAGAUACUCCUGGACCACCUGAGGGCCCACUUCGCUUUACAAAUAUCUCUGCUGAGAAGGCAACCCUUUGGUGGAGUCCCCCAGAAAAUGAUGGCUGUGCAGCUAUCACUCAUUAUGUGAUUGAGAAGCGUGAAACCUCUCGAAUUACUUGGGCACUUGUUACAUCCCAGUGUGAGGCCUGCUCUUUCAAUGCCACCAAUUUGAUUAAGGGCAAUGAGUAUCAAUUCCGUGUUUCUGCUGUUAACAAGUUUGGUGUUGGCAAACCAUUGGAAUCAGAUCCAAUUGUUGCUAAAAUGCAGUACACUGUACCAGAUGCUCCAGGAACACCUGACUGCACUCAUGUGACAGGAGACAGUAUUACUUUAUGCUGGACAAGACCUAGAUUUGAUGGUGGAAAUGAGAUCAAGCACUACAUCCUUGAAAGAAGAGAGAAGAAGAGCUUACGAUGGAUAAAAGUUUCAGCAAAGAGGCCAAUCACUGAGCUGAGGCACAGAGUUACACACUUAACUGAAGGAAAUGAAUAUGAGUUCCGUGUUAUGGCUGAAAACGGAGCUGGUGUUGGUCCUCCAAGUGGCACCUCCAGACUAUUUAAGUGCAGAGAACCUACAAGCCCACCUAGUGCACCAACAGUGGUAAAAGUCAUUGAUUCAACAAAGACGUCCGUUACUCUGGAAUGGACCAAACCAGUCUUUGAUGGUGGUAUGCAGAUCAUUGGUUACAUCAUUGAGAUGUGCAAGGCGAGCCUUGAGGAAUGGCACAGAGUUAACACUCAAACUUGUAUACAUACGAAGUACACAGUUACAGAUUUGGAACCAGGUGAGGAGUACAAAUUCCGUGUUUGUGCUGUCAAUGGUGCUGGGAAAGGAGAGACAUCUGAGAUUCCAAAUGCAGUGCAAGCAGUAGACAGACUGACAUCACCAGAGAUUGACAUUGAUGCAGACUUUAAACAGACACAUAUUGUCAAGAAUGGUGGAACAGUUACUCUGCAUAUUCCUUUCCGUGGAAAACCUGCUCCCCUGGCUACAUGGACAAAGGCAGAUGGAGAACUUGGUGUAAUGGUAGAUAUUAAUACUACAGAUACAUUCAGCACAUUGACAAUUGAAAAUUGUACCAGAUAUGAUUCUGGCAAAUACACACUCUCUCUUGAGAACAACAGUGGUCGUAAAUCCAUUACAUUAACAGUGAAAGUGCUGGAUACACCUGGACCACCUGGUCCACUCUCAUUCAAGGAUGUGACAAGAGGAGCUCUGACUCUAAUGUGGGAUGCUCCAAUUAAUGACGGUGGUGCCCGUAUCCAUCACUACAUUGUUGAAAAACGUGAAGCAAGUCACCUGAGUUGGCAAGAGGUCAGUCUCAAGUGUACUCGCCAAAUUCUCAGAGUAACCAAGCUUUCUGCUGGUGUACCAUACUUAUUCAGAGUCAUCGCUGAAAAUCAGUAUGGACAGGGUGAGCCUUAUGAAAUGUCAGAGCCUAUUAUUGCCACUGAGGAGCCUGCACCACCCAAGAGACUGGAUGUUAUUGAUACAACAUCUUCAACAGCCACCUUGGUAUGGUUGAAACCUGAACAUGAUGGUGGAAGCCGCAUCACAGGAUAUAUUGUUGAGACCAGAAAGAAAGGCUCCGAUCACUGGGUUGUUGGUGGUCAGACUAAGUCUUUGAAGAUGGUCCUUGAGGGCUUAGUUGAGAACACAGAGUAUGAAUUCCGGGUGAAGGCCCAGAAUGACACUGGAAUCAGUUAUCCAAGAGAUGCUCUCUCUUCUGUCAUCAUCAAAGAACCUCGCAUUGAGCCAACUGCAGACCUUAGUAGCAUCAACAAACAGCUUAUUACCUGUAAGACUGGCAAUUCCUUUGCCAUUGAUAUUCCCAUUAGUGGCAGACCAGCUCCUAAAGUAACAUGGAAGCUUGAGGAGAUGAAACUCAAGGAAACAGAUAGAGUGUCCAUCAAGACAUCCAAAGACAGAACCACCCUGUUAGUAAAGGAUGCCAAGAGAGGUGACAGUGGAAAAUAUUACCUCAUUUUGGAAAAUGCUGCUGGUGCCAAGACAUUUACUGUAACAGUUACUGUUUUUGGAAGACCUAACCCACCAACAGGACCAGUUGAAGUUUCAGGAAUCACAUCAGAGUCUUGUGUGUUGACAUGGGCUGAGCCUACAGAUGAUGGUGGAACAGACAUCACUAAUUAUAUAGUUGAGAAACGCGAAUCUGGUCAAACCUCAUGGCAAGUUGUGAACUCAAGUGUGAAACGGACAACCAUCAAAGUGACGCACUUAACAAAAUACAUGGAGUACACUUUCCGUGUCUGUGCAGAGAACAAGUUUGGAGUCAGCAAGCCCAUUGAAUCCCAAGCCAUUGUUGCUGAGCAUCCAUUUAUUCCACCAAGUCCACCAACCCGCCCAGAUGUGGUGUCAGUGUCUGCUAAUGCCAUUUCUAUUAAAUGGGAUGUACCAUAUCAUGAUGGUGGAAGCCAGGUGACUGGAUAUUGGAUUGAAAAGAAAGAGCGCAACACCAUUUUAUGGGUACGGGAAAACAAGAUCCCAUGCCUCGAGUGUCACUACAAAGUCUCCAAUCUUAUUGAAGGACUUGAGUAUCAGUUCAGAGUAUAUGCAAUGAACAUUGCUGGUCUGAGCAAAGCCAGUGAAGCCUCAAGACCAGUGCUGGCUUUGAAUCCAGUUGACCCUCCAGGCAAGCCAGAGGUUUAUGACAUCUCAAGAUCUUCAGUUUCUAUUAAGUGGUCUGUGCCAUUCAAUGAUGGUGGCAGCAAGAUUGUGGGAUAUGUAGUUGAACGCAAAGCGUCCACCGAUGAUGAUGAAUCUCGCUGGUUGAAGUGCAACUACACUACUAUCACAGACAACUUCUUCACUGUAACAUCACUCGAGGAGGGGGCAGUGUAUGAAUUCCGUGUUAUUGCCAGAAAUGGUGCAGGAGUUCACAGUAUGCCAUCUGAAUCAACAGGACCUAUCACGUGCAAGGAUGAAUACACACCACCAAAGGCUGAAUUAGACAGCAAACUUGUGGGUGAGACAGUCACUAUUAGGGCUGGAUCAGACCUUGUCCUUGAUGCUGCAGUUGGGGGUAAACCUGAACCCAAGGUAUUCUGGUCCAAGGGUGAGAAGGAGCUGGAGCCUGGUGACAAGUACUCGCUGACAUACACCAGCACAAGAGCUAUGGCAAUCAUCAAGUCUUGUGACAGGAAUGAUACUGGAAAAUAUAUUUUGACUGUUAAGAAUGCAAGUGGAACCAAGACAGCCGCUGUUAUUGUUAAAGUUCUUGAUACACCUGGGCCUCCAGAGGGUACAAUCACAAUCAGCAGAGUCACAGAAGAAAAAUGCACAGUUUCUUGGAAGAUACCACUUGAGGAUGGAGGAGAUGCUGUCACUCACUAUAUUGUUGACAGGCGUGAGACCAGUCGACUCAACUGGGUUGUCAUGGAAACUGAAUGCAAAACUUUGUCAUGCGUCAGUACAAAACUAAUCAAGAACAAUGAAUAUAUCUUCCGUGUCAGAGGUGUGAACAAAUAUGGACCUGGUGUACCACUGGAGUCUGAGCCAGUUGUUGCAAGAAAUGCAUAUACUGUUCCAACACCUCCUGGGGCACCAGAAAUUGUUGCUGUCGGAAAGCAACAUGUUAUUAUUGAAUGGCUGAAGCCAGAGAGUGAUGGUGGAAAUGAAAUCAAGAACUACCUUGUGGAUAAACGUGAGAAGAGCAGUGUGAGAUGGACAAGAGUGAACAAAACAUACACCAUCUAUGACACAAGACUCAAGAUCACCGGCCUGUUAGAAGGAAGUGAAUACCAGUUCCGUGUUGCAGCUGUCAACACAGCUGGCACUAGCUUACCAAGUGAAGCUUCUCAAUAUGUUCUCUGCAGGGACCCAACAUAUACUCCAGCUCCUCCGUCCACUCCUCGUAUAACAGAUUCUACCAAACACAGCAUCACUAUGACAUGGACCAGACCUAUGUAUGAUGGUGGCUCAGAUGUCAGUGGUUAUGUCAUUGAGAUUCUGGAGGAAGGAAUGGAACAAUGGUAUAGAGCCACUCAGAAGAUCCUGACCACUACUGAGUACACUGCAGCUGGUCUGACAAGCAACAAAAAGUAUAGUUUCAGAGUGGCUGCAGUGAAUGCAAUGGGCACUGGAGAAUUCAGUGAAGGCAGUGUGGAGACUGCACCAUCAGAAAGAGUUGAAAUUCCUGAUAUUGAGUUACCUGAAGAUUUGAAGAAAACUGUUUGCCUGAGAGCUGGCAGCACUUUAUAUCUGAAUGCAACUGUACUUGGAAGACCACCACCAGUUAUUACCUGGAGAAAGACUGGCAUUGACCUCCAGUCCCGUGGAUACAUUGAAACAACAGAAAGCACUACAGCUUUGACAGUGGAGAAGGUGCACCGUUAUGAUGCUGGAAAAUAUACAAUUGAAGCUGAAAAUCCAUCUGGCAAGAAGACAGCUACCAUUCUCGUAAAGAUAUAUGAUACUCCUGGACCCUGUGGUGCAGUCAACGUCAAGGAUUACACAAAAGAAUCUGUUGUCAUUACAUGGGAUGUACCCACGAUUGAUGGAGGGGCUCCGAUCAGCAACUACAUAAUUGAAAAGCGGGAAGCUUCAAUGAAAUCUUACAAAACAGUGACAACUGAAUGCAAGAAGACACUCUACAGAAUCACUGGCUUAGAGGAAGGAACUCGAUAUUUCUUCAGAGUAUUGCCUGAAAACAUAUAUGGCAUUGGAGAACCUUGUGAAAUCAGUGAUUCGGUACUAGUAUGUGAAGUUCCAUCUGUUCCUCAAGAUUUGCACGUCAUUGAUAUUACAAAAUCCACUGUGGUUCUUGGAUGGCAGAAACCACUUUAUGAUGGUGGCAGUAGACUUACUGGAUAUGUUAUUGAAGCCUGCAAGACGGGUACUGACCGAUGGAUGAAUGUUGCAACUGUGAGGGCAGCAGUUUCACAGCACACCAUAGCUUCUCUGAAUGAGAAUGAGCAAUAUUUGUUCAGAAUCAGAGCUGAGAACAGCAGAGGUCUCAGUGAGCCCAGAGACCUGAUGACACCUGUAACUAUUCGGGAACAGAAAGAUAAGCCAAGUAUUGACCUCCUUGGCAUUCCUCAAAAGAUUGUCAAUAUCCCUGCUGGCAAGCCAAUUGUGCUCAACAUUCCCAUUAAAGGAAGGCCUGCUCCAACCUGCUCAUGGUUCGUUGGUGGCAUUAAGAUGAAGGACACACUUGACCGUAUCAAGAUUGAGACAACUGCUAAGUACACUAAACUGACAGUUCGUGAAACCACAAUAGAUGACACUGGGGACUACACUCUUGAAGUAAAGAAUAUCACAGGAAUAGCUACAGAGACCAUUAAAGUUAUCAUUCUUGAUAAACCUGGCAUUCCUAUUGGGCCUAUGAGAAUUUUAGAAGUGGAUGCUACAUCUGUUACAUGUAGCUGGGAACCACCAGAGAAGGAUGGAGGUGCCAAUAUCAGUGGUUAUGUUGUUGAGCAACGUGAUGCUCAUCGCCCUGGAUGGCUGCCUAUCUCUGAGUCUGUCACAAGACCAACAUUCAAAUUUACUAGAUUAACUGAAGGAACAGAAUAUGUGUUCCGUGUGGCUGCAACAAAUCGAUUCGGCAUUGGUGCAUUCCUUCAGUCUGAAGUUGUUGAGUGCAAGAGUGUCAAGACUGUACCUAGUGCACCAAGCAUGCCUGAAAUAUUUGAUGUGUCUCAUGAGGGCAUGACACUUACUUGGAGACCACCAGAAGAUGAUGGUGGCUCUUCAGUGGCUGGCUACAUCAUUGAGCGUAAAGAAGCUGGAUCUGAUAGAUGGCUGCGCAUCAAUAAGAAUCCAGUGACAAUGACAAGAUAUCGAUCUACAGGACUUGUUGAAGGUCAUGAAUAUGAAUACAGAGUGACAGCUAUCAACUCUAGAGGCACUGGCAAACCAAGUUUGAGCUCUAAACCUGUGAUUGCAAUGGAUCCCAUCGAACCUCCUGGCAUACCAUUGAACCCAAGAGUCACAGAUACCACCAGGACAUCUGUAUCACUGGCAUGGUCUCCCCCAGAGGAAGAGGGAGGAGCCAUUGUUACUGGUUACCUGAUUGAGAUGCAGAAGGUUGACCAGGUUGAAUGGACCAAAUGCAACACAACACCAACUAAGAUUUGUGAAUACACAUUGACACAUAUGCCACAGGGUGCUGAGUAUAGAUUCCGUGUGAUGGCAUGCAAUGCUGGUGGAGCUGGAGAACCAGCUGAGAUUCCAGGAGUGGUCAAGGUCACCGAAAUGCUUGAAUAUCCUGAUUAUGAGCUGGAUAAGAAGUACCAGGAGGGUUAUAUUGUCAGACAAGGUGGAGUCAUCAGACUGUCUGUGCCAAUUAAGGGAAAACCAUAUCCAACCUGUAAGUGGACAAAGGAAGGCCGGGAUAUUUCUCACAGAGCUAUGAUUGCCACCAGUGAGGAGCGCACAGAGCUGGUGAUCAAGGAAGCCCAUAGAGAUGACACUGGCACCUAUGAUCUUGUGUUGGAGAAUAAAUGUGGAAAGAAAGCAGUAUACAUCAAGGUUAAAGUCAUUGGACGCCCAGAUCCACCUGAGGGCCCAUUAGAAUUUGAUGAUAUUCAAGCUCGUUCUGUAAGAGUCAGCUGGAGACCACCUUCAGAAGAUGGUGGCUCUGAUAUCCUUGGUUACAUUGUGGAGAGACGUGAGGUACCAAAGGCAGCCUGGUACACUGUGGACUCUCGUGUGGUUGACACAUCACUAGUGGUCAAAGGAUUAAAGGAAAAUAUUGAGUACCACUUCAGGGUGUCAGCAGAGAACCAGUUUGGAAUUAGUAGAUCUCUAAAAUCAGAUGAAUCUGUUAUACCAAAGACUGCUCUCUGUCCCCCAGAGCCUCCCAGCUUCCCUCCAGAAAUUAUGGAUGUCACAAAGACCACAGUUGGUCUAUCCUGGUCAAGACCAAAGGAUGAUGGUGGAUCUCGUGUCACUGGAUACUACAUUGAGAGAAGAGAGCUUUCCACCGAGAAGUGGGUGCGUCACAACAAGACUCACAUCACCACAACAAUGUAUACCCUCACUGGUCUCAUUCCUGAUGCAGAAUAUCAGUUCCGUGUGAUUGCUCAGAAUGACAUUGGUCAAAGUGAGCCUGGACCUGUAUCUGAAGCAGUUGUAUGCAAGGAUCCAUUUGAUAAACCAAGUCAACCAGGUGACAUUGACAUCAUCUCCGUUACCAAGGAUUGCAUCACCAUUCACUGGCUGCGUCCUGAAUCUGAUGGUGGCAAAGAAAUUCUGGGAUAUUGGAUUGAAUUCAGACAAGCAGGUGAAAGUGCCUGGAAAAAAUGCAACAAGGAGCGUUCAAAAGACAGACAGUUCACCAUGGGUGGUCUCAUGGAGGCAACAGAAUAUGAAUUUAGAGUGUUUGCUGAAAAUGAAACUGGACUGAGCAGACCCCGUAGAACUGCUAUGGGCAUCAAAACCAAAUUGAGUGUUGGAGAGGCUCCAAGUCUGAAGGAAGAGAUGAAAGAUACUACCACUAAACUAGGGGAAUCUGGAACAUUGACAUGUCAGAUUGUUGGAAGGCCUCUUCCUGAAAUCAAGUGGUAUAGAUAUGGAAAGGAACUGAUCCAGAGUCGUAAAUACAAGAUGAGUUCUGAUGGCCGAAACCAUUCUCUAACAGUGUUAACUGAUGAACAAGAAGAUGAGGGCCUGUACAUUUGCAGAGCUAUUAAUGAGGCAGGUGAAACUGAAAGCAGCGGGAAGCUUCUUUUGCAGGCUGCACCUCAAUUCCAUCCUGGCUUCCCACUGAAGGAGAAAUACUAUGCAGGCUGUGGAACAAGUCUACGCCUUCACGUUGUCUACAUUGGACGUCCUAUCCCACAAAUCAUGUGGUUCUAUGGCAAGAAACCGUUGAAUCCAUCAGAGAAUGUUAUUAUUGAAAACACUGAAAAUUAUACUCAUCUGGUUGUCAGAAAUGUGCAGCGCAAGACAAAUGCUGGCAGGUACAAAGUGCAGAUGAGCAACAAAUUUGGCACAAUCGAGACAGUGCUUCGUGUUGAAAUCCAAGAUAAACCUUUGAUUCCUGAAGGACCAAUUGUUGUUGAAGCUCUUUUGAAGAACUCUGUAAUCAUUAGUUGGAAACCACCUAAGGAUGAUGGUGGAUCAAUGAUCACAAACUACAUUGUAGAAAAACGUGAGGCAAAAGAGGGCGAGCAAUGGCAUCUUGUGUCAUCAUCUAUCUCAGGAAACACCUGCCGCAUUCCAAACCUAAUUGAGAGUGCUGGAUAUUACUUCCGUGUUUCUGCGCAGAAUCAAUAUGGCAUUAGCGAGUCCUUGGAGAUUCCUGCUGUUCUCAUCAUCAAGAGUCCAUAUGAAAAACCUGGAAUCCCACAGCAGCCAGUUGUUACUUCUGUCACAGAGGAUUCUUGUGUUGUCACAUGGAAACCCCCAACCAGCGAUGGAGGUGCCAAGAUUAAGAAUUACUUCCUUGAAAAGAGAGAGAAGAAACAAAACAAAUGGAUUGCUGUUACAACCGAGGAAAUCCAUGAAACACAUUAUACAGUUAAAGGCUUGAUUGAAGGCUUUGAGUAUGAAUUCCGUGUCAAAUGUGAAAACAUUGGCGGCGAGAGUGACUGGAGUGAGAUUUCAGAACCAGUCGUUCCAAAGUCAGACACAGCACCUCGUGCCCCAUCCUUCAAAGAGGAACUGAGAGACAUGUGUGUCAAAUAUAAAGCUAAUGCAACAUUUGUCACUAAGGUUCUUGGUCAUCCCAAGCCAGUGGUUAAAUGGUACAAGGGUGGCAAAGAAAUUUUACCAGAUGGAGAGAAAAUCAAGAUCCAGGAAUUCAAAGGAGGCUACCACCAACUUGUCAUCAGUAAUGCUGAUGAGAAUGAUGUGGCUGUUUACCAAAUUAGAGCCACUAAUCAACAAGGAUCAAUUUCUACAACUGUAACCCUUGAUGUUGAAGUUCCUGCCAAGAUUCACCUGCCCCUACACCUCCAAGGUAUGGGAGCUGUUCAUGCUGUUCGUGGUGAGGUGGUUACCAUUAAGAUUCCAAUCACUGGUAAACCGGAUCCAGCAAUCACGUGGCAGAAGGGACAAGAGAUACUGAAUAAUACAGCAUACCAUCAAGUGAUUGUUACAAGAUCCUUUACAUCUCUUGUGUUCCAAAAGGGAGUUCAAAGGAAGGAUGCCGGUUACUAUAUCAUUUGUGCCAAGAACCGGUUUGGUGUUGAUAAGCAAACAGUUGAACUUGAUGUCGCUGAUGUACCUGAACCACCUAAGGAUGUGAAAGUUAGCGACAUUGGCAGAGAUACCAUUACACUCACAUGGACUCCUUCAAAUGACGGUGGGAGCGAAAUUAUCAGCUACAUAGUAGAGAAGUGCCCAACAUCUGGCGAUAGGUGGAUCCGUGUUGCCCAGACAUCUGAGCCUCAAUAUACUGUUAUGAGUCUAUUUGGAAAGACCAAAUAUCAGUUCCGCAUUAUUGCUGAAAAUAGAUUCGGUCUCAGUGAACCGUCUGUACCAACUGAACCUGUGACGCCAAGAGAAGAUAAAUUUGCCAUUAGAAAUUAUGAUGAAGAAGUGGAUGAAGCAAGAGAAGUUACAAAGGAAGACGCACCUCAUUCUAAGGUGAAGAAUGUUCCUUCUCUUUACAGAAUCUCAGAGGAACUAGCACGGUGUGGACACUUUGGAAUUGUUCAUCGCUGUGUUGAAAUUAGCUCCAAGAAGACUUUCCUGGCUAAGAUCAUUAAGGUGAAAGGUGCUGAUAGAGAGCUGGUUGCAAGAGAAAUUGAGACACUCAAUAUUGCAAGACAUAAGAACUUAUUGUAUCUACAUGAGUCCUUUGAUAGCUUGGAGGAAUAUGUUCUGAUCUAUGAAUUCAUAUCUGGCGUGGAUAUCUUCGAGCGUCUUGGAACAAACUUUGACCUGACUGAACAGGAAAUUGUACGGUACAUGAGGCAAGUUUGUCAGGCGCUGAAGUUUUUGCAUGGCCUCAACUAUGGUCAUUUUGACAUAAGACCUGAUAACAUUGUCUAUGCCACAAGAAAGAGUAGUACAAUCAAGAUCAUUGAAAUGGGCCAGGCUAGGCUGUUGACACCUGGAGAAAAUAUCAGAAUUCAGUUCACUGCCCCUGAGUACUGUGCACCAGAGAUCCACAGCAGUGAUUUUGUUACCACAGCUACUGACAUGUGGUCAGUUGGUGUUCUUGCAUAUGUACUCCUUAGUGGCCUCAAUCCAUUCGCUGCUGAAUCAACUCAGAAAAUGAUUGAGCACAUCUCCAAUGCUGAAUACGUAUUUGAUAGUGAGGCCUUCAAAGACACCAGUCUCGAGGGCAUGGACUUUAUUGACAGGCUACUAAUUAAAGAACGCAAAUAUCGUAUGACUGCUUCUGAGGCUUUGGAACAUCCUUGGCUUAAGAUGAAAAUAGAAAACAUAAGUUCUAGGGUGAUGAAGACCUUGAGACACAGACGGUACUACCAGUCGCUAGUCAAGAAGGAGUGGAGCACUGUUAUUUCAGCAGCUCGUGUUGCCUAUGGUGGUGGUUACAGAAACCAGAGAAAUGUUUCAUUUGGCAGAGUGAAAGUUGGACAUCCAGAACAAGGCCUGAGAGCAGGUCCAGUCAUGCAUGGCUCUGCUGAAGAAGGUGGCCAUGUUCGAUUUGUAUGUAGCAUUCAAAACUAUGACAGAAACACAGAGGUAACCUGGUACUUUGGCUCUCGUAAAUUGACAGCCAGUCACAAGUAUGAAAUCAGCUAUGUUAGUGGAGUUGCAAGCAUCUACGUGAAAGACAUUGAGGAAUGUGAUGAUGGACUAUACAGAUGCAAAGUUGUCAGCGAAGAUAGGGAAGACAAUGCCUACACAGAGCUGUUUGUUGAGAGUGUGAGGUCUCACCGUGAAUACUUCCUGGGACGUUCACUCAAGAAGCCCAAACGUAGAAUUGAUAAAACAAAACUUCUUCAAAGGCCACCUGAGUUUACUCUGCCACUGUAUAACCGUACAGCAUACAUUGGUGAGGAUGUACGCUUUGGUGUAACUAUAACUGUACAUCCUGAGCCACAAGUGACGUGGCUGAAGGCAGGACACAGAAUCAAACCUGAUCCCAAGAAAUACACAAUUACAAGUGACAAGGGUCUUUACCAGCUAAUGAUUCAUAAUGUUGAGCUUGAGGACGAUGGUGAAUACACUGUUGUAGCGAACAACAAGUUUGGUGAAGACAGCUGCAAGGCACGCCUAACAGUAACACCUCACCCUGUUGUUGAAGACACAAUGAGACCAAUGUUUAAACGCCUUUUGGCAAAUAACGACUGUGUUGAGGGACAAAGUGUCCGCUUUGAUUUGAGAGUGUCAGGGACUCCACCACCAACACUAAAAUGGGAAAAAGACGGCAAGCCUCUUGAGUUCAGACCACAAGUUGAAGUUGUUCUAGAAGACAUAGACCAUCAUGUUCUUCAUAUAAGAGAAACUCUUAUUGAGGAUUCUGGCACUUACAAGGUCACUGCAACAAACUCAGCUGGCUCAGCUAGUUGUCAAGCCACUCUCAAGGUUGAACGUUUAUCUUACACCAGAAGGGAGUUCAAGAGUGAGGAAGACAAACAGAAAUAUGUCCAAAAUCAAAUAGAAAAGACACUGAAAAUGGCACAACAGUUUUCUAAAGCAGAAGUGAUUACAUUUAAUCCUGUGGCACAGGAGGCAUUGAAGGAAGCUGCUGAAUUAUAUAAACCUGCAGUAAGCACCAAGAAUGUCCAGGGUGAGUUUGAUAUCUCUGAUAAAGAAGACAAAGAAAUCAAGAAAAUUAAAGAGGAGGGUAGGAAGAUCAGAAUGCCUUAUGAAAUUCCAGAGGCCCGUGUACAUGAUCCAACUGUUCUUGCAGAGGACAUGGGUAUCAAACACUUUGUGCCUUUAUCUGACAUGAAGUGGUACAAGAAACUCCGUGACCAGUAUGAGAUUUCUGAACGUAUGGAGAGAGUUGUGCAGAGGAGACAGAAACGCAUCCGUCUUUCCAGAUGGGAGCAAUUCUAUGUCAUGCCUCUCCCUAGAAUCACUGAUCAGUACAGGCCAAGGUGGCGUAUUCCAAAGCUUACACUAGAUGAUCUGGAAACUGUAAGACCAGCAAGGCGCUCACCAUCUCCUAAGUCAGAGGUUUCUUUCAGACAGAGAAGACGUUCCCUGGGUGAUCUCUCAGAUGAAGAAGUAGAGGAGUACCUGACAAAGAGAAGAACUGAUGUAGAGAGUCAAGAGCUUGAGGAAGAACUUGAACUUGGCUUCUCUGCCUCUCCUCCAAGUGGUAGCCCUGUUCGCUUUGAAUUAGCUGCACUGCGUCAUCUGUCACCUAGGGUUGUCCACAAAACUGAAGUUACACAUCUAGAGGAGGCAAAACAUGUACUGGCAGCAGAGAAGCCUCGUGGUUCUCCACCUCCUAUUUCCCAUUUUAUGAGAAGGAGAAGGUCUUUGUCUCCAACAUAUAUUGAACUGAUGCGUCCUGUCUCUGAAUUGAUCAGACCACCUCGUGCACGUGUGACAGUGGAGGCUGAAGGUGAGAUUGUUGAGAGAAGAUCUCCCACUCCUGAGAGGACACGUCCACGCUCUCCUAGUCCUGUGUCUCCUGAGAGAAGGUCCUCAAGGUCAUCGUCUAGAUUCGAAAGAUCUGCAAGGUUUGACAUCAUGUCUCGAUAUGAGGCAAGGAAAGCUGCUCUGAAAUCUGAGCGCAAGUAUCAGGUUGUGACACAGCAACCCUUCAGCCUUGACCAUGCCCCACGCAUCACAGUUAGAAUGCGCUCACACCGUGUACCAAGUAGUCAGGACACUAAGUUCACACUGAAUGUCCAAUCAAAGCCAGAAGCUGAAAUACAGUGGUUCCAUAAUGGACAACCAAUUCAGGAAAGCAGCAAAUAUCACUUUACAAACAUGAGUGGAGUUCUGACUCUUCAAAUUACUAAUUGCCAAGCAGAAGAUAGUGGCACAUACCGUGUUGUCUGCACAAACUUGAAGGGAGAAACAUCAGAUUAUGGAACUCUUGAUGUCUCAGGAGGAGCUUUUACUACAUAUUCUUCAAGACGCAAAGAUGAUGAAGCUCCAACGGCAUUUGUACCUGAAAUUACAAAGACUGACUAUUAUCAUACAACGUCAAUCAGGGCCUCUUCUGCCUCAAGGACACACUUAGAGAUCAAAGAGGCCAAGACCAAAUUUACUGAAAGACGUGAAGUUUCUGCUUUUGAAAGAUACGAGUCUGAAAGGCUUACAUCUUCACCCAUCAGACAUGCAUCUACUGAAUACCUGUCAUCAACUUCAUAUUCAUCCUCAGAACGAUAUACAUCUGAAUCUAAAACAAAGACGGUUGAGUCUACAGCUGCAGCAGAGGUAACAGCUAAGAAGGUCAAAGCCACUCUGUCAGCCAAAAUACUUACCAAACCUCAAUCUCUAACAGUAUCUGUGGGUGAGUCUGCAAGAUUUACCUGUGAUAUUGAUGGAGAGCCAGCACCAAGUGUCACAUGGAUGCACGAGGGACGUGCUGUCAUCACGUCCCAUCGUGUACAUGUGACAACAACACAGUACAAAUCUACAUUCGAAAUAUCUUCAGUUGAAUACUCUGAUGAAGGUAGCUACUCUGUAGUGGUGGAAAAUGUAGAAGGAAGGCAAGAGGCAAAGUUUACCUUGACCAUUUCUAAACCAGCACCAAAAGAGGAAGUUGUUACACCAUCUCCACAAGUUAAAUCUCCUGAGCCAGCAGUAAAAGCACCUGAGCCUUUAGUGAAAUCAUCAACACCUUCUGUGACAUCACCAGAACCAUCAGUAAGAUCUCCUCUCACAUCUCCAGUGCCAACAGUUAAGUCUCCAGAGCCUUCAGUGAAAUCCCCAGAACCCGCUGGUGUUAAGUCCCCUGAACCUCGGAUUAAAUCACCAGAGGGAGUCAAAUCCCCACUAAGAGUAAAGUCUCCUGAGCCAAGUACUGCUGCUCCAAGAGUUAAGUCCCCAGUGAAGUCUCCUGAAGCAGUUGCUUCCCCUCCACCACCAGUCAAGUCUCCAGAACCAGUUAAAUCUCCCACAGGUCUGAAGUCUCCUGAACCAGUAGCAUCUCCUUCAAGAGUAAAAUCUCCACCUCCGCUCAAGUCUCCAGAGCCAAUAACCUCACCUUUGAGAGUGAAAUCUCCAACAGGCUUGAAGUCACCUGAGCCAAUCACAUCUCCUCUGAGAGUUAAAUCCCCAACAGGCUUGAAGUCACCUGAGCCAAUCACAUCUCCUCAAAAGGUCAAAUCCCCACUAACAGCAAAGUCUCCUGAGCCAAUAACGUCACCCAAAAGGGUUAAAUCCCCACUUACAGUGAAAUCACCAACACCUUCAAAGGAGGCACCUCCAAAGAUCCUCCAGCAACUGAAAGCUGAGGCUUUUGAAGACAAGGUGAAGAUGAUCUGUGUUGCUGAGAGCUCUGUAAGGGAGAUUGUGUGGUACAAGGAUAGCAGGAAAUUGAGCCAGAGUAAUCGCUAUCAGAUGCAUACCUCUGCUGAUGGCACUUGCUGUCUCUAUAUUUCUGAUGUGUCUGAAAGCGAUCAGGGUGAAUAUUCCUGUGAAAUGAUUGCAGAGAGUGGAGCAGUUUCAAGAACAUCAUUCUCCUUCACUGGCCAAGUGUUCCAAUCCAUCUAUACAAAAGUAAUGACUUUUGUGUCCACACGUUUGGCUGUUAAAGAAUCAACAUCCUCCAAGAUCCAUGAGGGGGCUGAGAUGCUUAUGAGGGAGAGUGCAACUGUCAGCAGCAUGCAAGAAAGCUUCUCUUCAAAGUCCAUCCACAUGGAGAGCACAAUGCAAGAGACAUCAUUCAGCAGUUCAUCCAUGGCUGAAAUGAAAUUUGAAACAAUGUCUAUGUCCAGCAUGUCGUCCAUGACAUCUGAAUCAGUGUAUGCUGUGAGCUCAAGCAGUAUUAUGUCAAGUCACUCACAUGCUGAAGGGUCUUCAAUGAGAGGCAUGUUGCAUAGUGGUCAAGGUCUAGCGCCAAGAAUUGAAGCCCUUCCAGAAGAUAUCAGCAUUGAAACUGGAAAGGUUUUGACUGUAGCCUGUGCUUUCUCUGGAGAGCCCUCACCUCGCAUCGAGUGGUCUCGUGGUGGAAAAAUACUUCCAACUGCUGAAGAGAGUGGGAGGUUCCACAUUGAGACCACAGAGGACUUGACUACACUCAUUAUCACUGGUGUAAAACAGAGUGAUGCUGGAGUGUAUACCCUAAAACUGUUCAACGAGCAUGGAUCUGACACAGCAACCGUCACCAUCAGCAUUCGAUCGCUGUAAAACGAAUAACGAUCAAAUCUAUCCCCGUUUCCUCAUUACGUGCCUUUUUAUGUAUUGAAUGAGCAAAUAAGAUAAUAUUUACUUGAUAAAUGCCUCGAUAUCUGUUCCUGUAAAUAUAUCUAUUUUUAUACCAAACUUGACAUUAAUUUAUGCCAAACUAGACUAAAGUCUAAAGUUGUUAUAAAAUGUGCUAUAUUGGAUAAUUAUGACUAGGAUUUUUGAUCCAUUUUUCUGUGACAUGUACAUAAUGUAUAUAGCCGAAUUUAACGGUUAUGGGAAAUGUAUGAAUUGUUAUUUAUGACAAUAUUAACUGAAACAAAUGGAACUAUUUGUUUAUCAGGAGAAAGUUUCUCAUGGAAACGAAUACCCUGUUAAACCUGAAACUAAACUCUGUGCCUCAACAAAACGUUGAAGUCUUAAGAUUGCCUCAACAGGUAGAGAGGCUCCCUGUUGAAGUUUUACUAGAUCUGAGAGACAAAGAUAAACACUGCAUGUAUGCACAUGCGGUGAUCUUACCGUACUCAUAUGAAUUUAUAACUUGACCAUAAGACCUUGAAUACUGUUUACAUUUUACCCUCAUGUAAGCAGCAUGACUAGGCCUUGUGUUCAGACUGACUAUGUCAUACCACCAUUUUAUUGACAUGCUCAAAGUGCGAGCGGCCUGCACUUUAUGAGCUAAGAUGUUAAAUGUGCUCUGUUUAUGUCAAGGGACUGCUUGAAUACACUUUCAGAAAUAACAUCACCUGGCCAAUAAGGAAAGUUUAUCUUGUACUUCCUUGCAGAAGCAGAGCCUCCUCUUGGAGGAUUGCUUUGUUGCAUUGUGUGUUUGUGUGUUAGCUUUAGAACUCACCUUAAUAGUGGUUGGGCAAACAUCAAGCAAGUGUACCACAGCAACAACAUCUGCUGUGUAAACAAAUUGAUACAUUAACUACAUGUCCCACACUUUGGUUUGAUUUUAUUUAGAAUUGUAGUAUUAUUUAUAAAUGCAACCUCCUUGAGUAUUAUAAUUGAUUCAAUAAAGCAUGUUUUCAGCACUACAA